AUACUGGGCUUGGAAGAAGAACAAGUUGUCGAGAUAAACGGUGAUCACACCAAAUAUGAGGUACGUGAUGUUCUAAAAUAACCCACUCUUCAGGUCCACCUCAUAUUCGAUUCUUGGUGCCAAUCAAGGCCUUUCUCGCUUCAUUAGAAAUAUCUGUCAUUUAUAUAUCGAGCACCUGUACAAGCUGAUUUCUGUCGAAGACAGACACCUUUUUGACCGGCGCUAUGUGUCCAUCUUAGAGAGAUGUCCGUCUUAUAGAGAGUCAACUGAAAGGCAGGGACAAACUUUAGGUAUCCGUCUUAGCGAGAUGUCAGUUAAUUAAGAGCUCACUUUACUUCCUUAAGAGAGAGACGCAUUACGUAAAGUUUGGUUUGGUUGAAAAAAAAAAUUCGCGCUACAUUACAAACUACUCUGUUUAGGGUUUCACUGACUAUUCUCAUUCGUAUAAAAGCCGCCGCGUGACGAUUUAAUCAACUAGAUUACUGCGUGCUCCCUCGGGAAGCAGUCUAUUGGUCCUUUACGGUCCCCAGGGAAAUUCCCUAGGCCUUUUAUACGCCCUAGCAAACAAAUUCACCGUCUUCUCGCAAGUCUACUCUACAACGGGCAAGCAAGUUUCCUCACCCUCCUCCCCUUCAGCGGCGCUGGCAAAUUUUCUCUAUCAGCCCACCUUAUGCCUUAUGCAAAAUUUUUCACCCAUAACUUAUCUAUCAAAAGGCAUAAGGUGGCUUUUAUGCGAAUGUAAAUUAGUUACUAUACUUGAUUGAAAACCGCGGACAAGUAUCUUAUAAUUGUGGGGAUAGCCUGUGUCCACACGCCCCUCCCCCCUUUUUUCGUUUGUUUGUCUUUUGAAUUUUGAAUUUUAAUUUUUAUCUGAGGGAGAGGGCGUUUGUACACAGGCUAUAUGGGGAUAUCCUUGCAAUCAUCCAGCGUACCAAUCACCGGGAAGUGUCCAUUUUUUUAACAUCCCUAUUACAUAAUUUGUUAUCUUUCUUGUUUUCAGAUAUACUUUGAAAGUUCAUCAAGAAAAAAGACGUUAAAGGCCGGAUCCUGGUAUGUUAUUUAAACUGAAACCUUGUGUAAUCCCGACCAAACAACGAACGUGAACUGACGUUUUACAUCUUGCAUGAGCAAAAGUGAAUCUCUCUCCCAAGUUUGAUAACAAGCAUUGUGUAGCUACCGUUAAUCCUGUGACGCUUCGAGAGGAUCCACUAGACCCAUACUGUGCUUUAUUUGAAUAUUCCUUUUGCCUUACAACCGGUUUUGUCUUUAACUAAAAACGGAUCUGUGUACAGACUAUAUUGCCUACGAUAUUCAUUGUUUUGUUAGCCUGUGAACAGGCCCGCUUUGUUUGGGAAAAGCGAUUUUUUCACCCCUUUCCCAAAGAGAGAGCCUGCUCACAGGCUUAUUGUUUAUCAAUUUUUAUUUGAACUUGUUCUUGAGUGUAUAUCUGCGACGUUAUUGAUAGUUUGUCAAUAUUAUCUGAUUUUGUGUUAAACUAUCUAUGGUGACGAUAUUCAUCAUUUGCCAAUUUUAUUCGAGCUUUUGCUGCUGUGGAAUUAUGAAAUCUUUACGAAUUAAGUUCCUCCUAUAGUUACGAACGCUAAACAGACUUGUCGUUUUCUUUUGCCUUUAGGUUUCUGUAUCAGAUUUUUGCAGGCACCACCACACUGCAGUGUCAGCGAUUGUUGUUCACAGCAGCAAAAGCUGGAGAGCUGGAUACUGUACAAAAACUGGUAUGAAAGGUUAGUUGUUGUAAAUUUCUUCUUUAAUGCGAGUGUCAAGAAGGAUUGGUUACAGUAAAUAAAUGUUAUUUAAGUCGUUAAGCUAAUGCCCUCUGGUGUUUGGCAGUGCUGAGCGCUUUCUAAAGAACAAUGGAGACCGCUUAGUUCAACCUUUGUAUUUACCAAAAUAUUUUAAAAAUUUACCCAGUCAUUUCAAGGACUCACUGUUAUCCGUAAUAAAGCAAACAACAGAAUGAAGUCUAUGAGAUCAUAGUUAAUUGAGUGGAAUGGUUAUGAAACCCGUCAGACUCCUUUGUUAUAUGUUUUUGUGGACCUGAAAGUGCACAACGUUCAAAAGAAUUCCUAUCAUUUUGAUUGUAUUGACCAAUAAGAACGUUGCAUUAAUUUAUUCCGUAACAAUUUGCCAACAGAAAACAAAGGAUUGUGCACUUUCACGGUACUUCCAACGUAAACUGCAGCACUGUUGUUUUUAUCAUUGAUGUUUGCCGCUUUUCAUAACCAGUCUCCUCUAAUAACUAUGAUGAGAUUAAGUGUAAGUCGCUUGUUUAGGCAUUUAUUUCCCUUUCAGAAGCUUAUUUAUAAUUGAAAAGAAAAGUAUACAAAGAACAUAAUGUUUAAUUGGUGUCUUCAUAUCUGAUAUAGACACGGCUAAACUUUACGCACAGUAAACUUGGCCAAAAUAACCCCUAAUGUACAUAUUAGUGCAAGAAUGAAUAGAUGUGUCGAAGUCGUUUAAAAAGUUCAAGGUUCAUGUUUUAUCAAAGCUUGACACUGAAAGGAAUUCUGCAGGCAGAGUAAUCCACCAAACGUUACCCAUCUGAUGGACACACAAUGUGUAUUUGCAUGUAUUAAACUUGUGUCUUAAAAAACAUCGAUGUGAGGAAUUUGAAAGAUACUUGUACAAACUUUCGCCUUUGCUGUAUUUCGUUUUCACUUGUGAUAACUCGUUACCCUACUGUGUUCACCUUUUAAUAAUCAGAAAGGUAACUUACUACCAAAAAGGUGAAAAUGUCAUCUAUCAACAAUCAUAUCGUACUUAAAAAGUACUCAUUUACAAAUACUUUAAUUAAAUCGAAGUUUAGUGGUGCGCGGCUUGAGUUUUCAAUGAGUUUCCAUUUGUGUUUUGAUAACUGCGGGUAAUUUACUAUGUACACGAAAUUCUCUUUUAAUUACGUUUCUAACAUUUUUUUGGAAUUUUAUGGGGUAAACUAAGUACAAAUUUCCAUAAUUCGUGAAAUGUUCAGUUCUAGACUAUUUGAACGAGCCAAGGUUUCUUCAGUUUGAUUCAAAGAUGCAGCUAAAAUAUUUUCGGUCUGUUCCGAAGGCCUUAAAUUGUGUGCCCUACAACCCCGGACAAAACUGUUGAGACAAUUCCAUCUAUUUUCUAACUUUUGCGCCCUACUCCCGUCUCCUCUAAACACAAAAAGUAAACCCCCUCCCCACCCCCUAUUCAAAGUUGCCUUGGUCUAAAAACCAACGUGUAUAAUUGCCAUGCUAUCCUAAACAACUUUGGAUAAGGGGAGGGGGGAAAUCGGGCAUUCAUUUGGCGGCGGUUUCAGUUUUUGCCGGGAUGACAGGAAAAAAUAGGCAUUUUCGCGAUUUGUCUCAACAGGUUUUGUCCGGGGUUGUAGCAAUGACGACGGCGACGGCAGCGAAAAAGUCCCUGUAAAGACGUUUUCCCGUUUUUUAAACGUUUUUGGGAUUAUUUCAACUCCAGAAAAUAUCCAUACCCCCCACGGGCACUUGGAUAUUUUCCGGAACUACACAAUGCAAGUUAAUUUUCCCCGAACUGCAUGAAUUCUUGGGGACCGAACCCAAGUUAAGAUUGAAAAAGAAAAAUUCGUCGUAGUGUGCCAACGUCCUCCAUAAGACGUUCCGUGAAGGAAUUUCACGUCGCGGUCGUGCAGUGACGACAAAGAAAUGUACAAAAAAGUGUGCUGCACGUGCGGAGUUGCUAUUUUGCCGUUUUCGGGGCCGUUGCUUUCGUCGUUACUCGUAGAGUCCACCGGACAACUGGAUAACACAGACACAUUGGUAUAUCUCUUUAGUCUCCGUAUCUACAAAAACUUUAACUGAAAUUAAAAUCGAAAAGGAGUCCCGCGGUUUACGUAAAUCGCUAAUAGGCCCAUGCUUAGUUUAUAUUAGAUGAUUAAUAGCGGAUUUGUCCUAGCGCUUGAAACACUUCAAAGGUGACUUAUUGUGAUAUUUGUCAAUAACAACAUACAAGACAGAGCGCCUGGUGAUCCUUUCUUCUAGGGUAACUGAAGCUUGAAAUUUUGAUAUGAACCUCUCCUCAUAGUCUCCUGGAUUUCACUAAGUAGUGAACCAAACACACAAAAUUAGUCAGAACUUGAAGUAGUCAAGUAAUGAUGUUGCAAUCUAAGCAAUUACAUAUGUAUUUAAGUGUGCAGACUGCUCACUUUACAGCGCUUGGGAAAAAUCGACAUUUUUAACCGUCUGUUAAAAUGGAAGAACACUGGCCUUUUUUCAACAGCUAGUUAAUAUGAGUUUUCGAAAAGACGGAGUUAUUUUUGGAUAAAGUGAGGAAAAAAUAACUGAACUAGUGACAGGCAACCCGGAGGCCUCGAGAUCAAUUCCCACCCUCCUAUAACUCGUUUGAUUUGAUUCUCGGUAGUCGCGAGUUCAAAAUCAAAAAAUCGAAAACAAUUUUCUUUGCCCCGCUCCAGCCUGUAGUGAUUCUUAACCUUUUUAUAUUUCAUUUCAAUUAUUUGUUUCAGGGAUUUGGUCUGGCCUGUAAGCUUUUGUGUUAUAAAUACUGCGGAGGGAAACAAAAUACACCUAUAUUAUAUACAAAAAGUAUUCUGUCCUUAUGCCUUUGAUAUACUUACAGAAAGACUGAUUUGAAAUGAGUAUAAGUUAUCGAAUAGAAGAGAAUGACCUAUACUUACUGUUCGUUCGUCGUGUUCCUGAGGGCGCUGGCGAGAAAUAAUAUGCCUAAUGUCCCCAGGUCUGUAUACUGUUCUUUGCUCUCUUCUGUCCGUUUCUUGAGCCUGAUGAACUACGAAGGCUCUUUGGUCGUCGGCUGCUCUCAUCGUAGGGUAAGUCUAUUUCACAAAGUACAAAAACACACACAUCGUAAUUGAUAAAUAGUUACGUCGUGCUAACCAUAUUGGCGUGUUUGUUGAUUUGAAAUCAAAUAAAAUUCUAAAUAAAACUGCCAAAACGCUACUUUUUGAAAUUGACUUGGUUACCCUUCUUUCGACGUACGUAUUCCUAGUAGGAGUGUAGAUGGGAGGUAACCCUCGCGCGUUGUCUGCAGCUCUCUGCAUUUGCUCUCCUGUGCCCAUAGUUUGAAGUAUUCGUGUACUGGCGUUUAUCAGACAUAAGCAAAGCUUUAUCACACAGUACCCAAGUGCGCACAUCAUUAUAAGUGAUGUAACGCACAUUAUGUCGGUCGCCAUUCUUGGCUCUUACUGUCAGUGAAGAAAAUUGGCAAAACUGGUCACAACUUUUCAGCCUCCACAAGCUUGCUGUCCCAAGAAAUGAAAGUCCUUCAGAUAAUACACAGUUUUAUGUUAUUAUUUUGAGAAGUCUCGAGGCGUUUAUUGGCCAAUCAGCUUGGAGGGGGCGUUGUUCAAGGAACCUCCUUUUUUAAUACUCGACUUUAUUUUGACGGUUAUGACAAAAGUGGUGUCAGUUAACGAGUUAACUAGUCGCACGAUAUAAAGACACUUUUGAGCGUCACACGUCCACCGCAAGCGCGCUUUUGUGUCUAUAAGAGUAAAGAAACCGAGCAAUUAAAAUAUUGGUAGCCUUAAGGCAUAUUAAAGUCGACAGGGUCUUGGCUUAAGCUCUCUACUAACGAUAUGCACGAUAAAAGUCUCCACGUGGUCAUUGAUCAAUCAUUAAUAUAGCAUGAUAGUAGCAUUGAAUACAUUGAAACGGUUACAGAGGCCUUUUUGUCUAUGUGUGGCCUUGUAAAUUGCAAUAAAAGCAACAUUUAUUUAAUUUCUGCUUUACAAGCAACGUACACGUGGUCCCUUGUUUAUUUUUAAAGCGGAAGUUUCUAUUGUUUCUUUUUGUCUCGACCUUCUUUUAAACCAAACGAAGCAAAGCGUAGGGUUGUUUUGGGGGUUGUUCACGGUUUAAGACUUAUCUAUUCAUUUUAUUGUGGUAUGUGGACAAUUGUUAGGAUCAGGCUUUUAGUUAUGAUAGGCGAUGUUGUAUUCCCGCAGGGUACAAUCAAUAAAAUCAAUGAUUAGCAUAAUGAUCGUACACCCGGAGUAGUCAAUCGAUAAAAACCGGUAUAUUUAGGCGCUUAUUGGAACCAAGCCAGGCUUGGACAAGGUCACUCUCCCUUGUUCUUGACGAUUGUUUAUUUUAGGCUUCUACCGCAGAAUUAGCAUUAUAAAAAUUAACUGUACUUUGCAGUAUUGGCAUUUGGACGUCGUAUGAAUGAAGCAGAACAUUCAUUUAUUGAGAAAGUUAAAAGAAAACUAAAUAAUGAAAACUCCAAAACAGGGGCGUAGCCAGCCUAUAGACCUGUAGGCCCGGGCCUACAAAUUUUUGGUUUGAUCACUCUACUGCUUGUAAUAAAUUAUGCGUUGUUGGGGUGAGCUAAAAAGCUUAAAAGCUCAAAGUAUUGGUGAGGUCAGUGCGUCCUAGUCAUGCGUGCAAUUUUCAGGAUAUGUGGAAAUAAGAAGUCAUCCAGGCCUACAACUAGUCAAAAAGCUGGCUGCCCCUGCAAAAUGAAUAUAAAUGAAGCAGAACAAGGCUAUACUUUUGAGGUGCAUAUAUCGGAAGAAAAAUUAAUGUUAUAGCCAAAAGCUCCCCUUACAUACAAGGCCACAAAUGUAUUACAAGAAAGAUGACGAUAAACUUUGGAAGUCAAAUAAUGUUAAUAUUUGAAGGAGGUAAAACAUACUUUAUUUUGAGAAGUAUCGUGUGAAAGUUGAGCGGCGAAGUCAAGACGACGGUUGCUUUUUAAACCGUAGAACUGGUGGAGCCCCGAGGGAGGGACUCCGCAUAUGAAAGGGGUGGGGAUGCUCGUCUUCUCGCUUAGAGGUGUAAAUUUCGGAUUUUGGUCUCACUUAGGGUGUUCUGGGCAAAACGCCAUCAUAUGUAGACGUGAAGGUCUCGUUUAGGGUUGCACGUGAAAAAAUAUAAAAACAUAUAUAUUGUCUGUGUUUUAACAUGGUCUCUUUUAGGGGUCAGAAAAGGCUUGGGCCGCGCCCACGCCCAGAUCUCCUAUAGGGGUUUAAUUCAAAAUUUCCGACGAGCAUCCCUACCCCUUUCAUAUGCGGAGUCCCCCCGGGGGGUGGAACGUGGUUUGUUUCACUAUAGCAUCAUGAAGACAUCGCCUUGAUUUUAAGCAUUUAUUAACCAUUUAGUCUCAAAAAAAUUGUAAGUUGAUUUUAGUCACCUUAGUGACUUUAGACCUGCUAUGGUGUCCGUAAAACGUUACAUUCUUAAGCCCUGCACAGAUACUUCGCCACGUUUUUGCGAGACACUUAUCGGCCAGAUGUUCUCCAAAUGCGACGAAAUGAGUCAAAGUAGACGGCUUUAACUGUCAAAACCAUGCUUGUUUUCCACGCAUAUAUCUUUCAAUUCUUCAUUAAUAAAGCUCUACCAGCUUAAACACCGGCAGAAUUUCAUGGGCAAAAGUGUUAAAGAUGAUUUAUUUAACGUAGAGAUUUAAUGUUAGUUAUCGUGGCGCAUUAAAAAUAACGCGCUAAUCUUCCACGUCCGAGGUCCGGGGUUUGACUCUCGCCGUGGGAACCUUUUUUUUUCUUUUCUCCUUUUUUGGUCCUUUGUUUUUUGUUUUUGCUUUUUGGUAAAACAUAUUUUCAUAUUUUGACAGAGUUAAAAUAUACCGGAAGACUUAUUGCAGGUUUCAUUUCUAAGAUUCAGUGAUUUUAAAAUAUUAAAAAUCCACAAGUUAGCCUUAGGCACCCUUUUAUUCGAGGUUUUUGUUUCACUGACGGCAUAUCUCAGUCAAUCCACGCCUUUUUCACUAAACCAUAAAAGGUCCAGGUCUCUCGAUCCUUAAUUGCCCAGGCGGCUAUUAUUAGCAAAAUUAGUCUCCAGUAAAUUUCACAAUUUGUAAUAAUCUAACGGGCAAUUGUUGCGUGAUAUUGUGACUCCGGUGAAUGAUUAUUUUAUCUCUUAAGUGGUUUAUCGUGAUUUUCGAAAAUAUGACACGUUGCCUUUUUUACAUCGUCAUUCCAAGAUGAAUACAGAACAAUAAAGUAUUUAAGGCAGUUUCCGUUUUGAAUGAAACCCAUUAUGGCGCGGUAUCGGGGUCAAAAGUAACUCGAUGUCUAUUUUCUCUGUCGUUUUGUCUCCGUUUUCUGUCGUCUUGUCGAUGUGUCAUGUCGUCUUGUCUACUUGCAAUGUCGUCUCGUCCUUUUGCGGUGGGCUCUGGACUGGACUCUGGACUGAUCUCCGGACUGGACUCUGGACUCUGGACUCUGGACUCUGGACUCUGGACUCUGUGUGCCAUUACUUACGAGUUGUGGUCUUUUGUUGUCUCCUUUGCCCUGUUUAUUUCCUCACUGUCUUUUUUUCUGGGGUAUACGUUUUUUUCGACUUCUCUUAGUCCCUGAUCCGUGUACAUAAUUUCUUCUUUUCUUUUUCAUCACGAAAAGAUUCGGGGGACUGUUUAUUUUGUGGUGGUGGUGGGGGGGGUAGGAGGAGGGUGAAAUGCUUUUUAAAUAAGUAAGUAAUAAAUUGCUUGCUUUGUACAGUAUUGCAAAAGCAUGGCUAUUACAAUCAAAAUAAAACAAACAACACUAGCACUAAACUGAAAAUUAAGCUACCUCCGAUGAAUCACGUAUUUUCUUACAGGAACUGAGUAAACUUCACAACUAACUUAUUUGCAAGAUAGUCGUUGGAAUUCACUAUCAGUUUUAUGCUUUCUAGAGAAGAUUUCGUUUCAAAGUCAGGUAUUAUUCGAUUGAUUUGAUUAUGUCUGUCUCUGUUCUGAGUGUUUAUUACAUUGAAAGAGUGAAUAAAUCUCAUUUUCUACCUCAUUCGACUUACACAAGGGGUAUAAUUUAUUUUCUCUUGGUAAAUAAACCUUCUACUAAGUUAUUGGGGGUUUCUUUAAGUCUCUAAUGGCUUGCGUAUGCUGUAUUUAGCUAGAAAACUAACCGACAAUCAAGAGACUCUUAAACUAUUUACUAUUCACUUGUUUAACCCCACAUACUAUUGUGAUGUUGUAUAGGGUGACUGCUCCAAAAUACGUGCUGACAAAUUGCAAAAGUUGCAAAAUAGAGCAGCACGGAUUUAUACUCGAGCUGAUUACUCUAUCAGAUCAUCAGAUGUGUUUAAUUCUCUAAAGUGGUCUCACUUAGAAGAAAGAGGAAAAAGGCACUUGAUAAUUAUGAUUUUUAAAGCAUUCAAUAAUAAUUGUCCUACGUACCUUCUGGAGCGGUUUCAUAGAACUUCUGAAGUUCACAACAAUUAUUUGAGGGGUUCAAACUAUGAUCUCCAAUUACCGCGGCUACCUAAAACGAAUUUUCUUAAGCGCUCAUUCUCUUAUCGGGGCGCAAUGGCUUGGAAUCAAAUCAAACACGUGGGACAGAAGAUCUUACUAUCUUUAAACUUGCGAUAUCCUAAGAUGUAACUUUUUAUCCUAUCAGGUUAUUUAUGACUUAUUUCUUCUUAUUAUAUUGUAUCUAAAUAAAUCAUCUUGUUUACGUAAAACUAGAUAGUUGCGUUUAUAAGAGUUUUUAUACUAAGGAUGCAUUAUCCGUCUGGACGAACUUGGGCAAACAUUUUGUAGUUCGUCUGGGUUAUGCGUCUCUAGUAUAAAGACGGGCACGAGACGCAUUAUGCGUCCAAACGAACUACCUUUCGUAGUGCGUCGUUCAAGACGUUUUUCGAAGGAAAGUUCAUCCAGAAGCAUAAUGCGUCUUGUGCCCGUCUUUAUACUAGAGACGCAUAACCAGACGAACUACAAAUGUUUGCCCAAGUUCGUCCGGUCGGAUAAUGCGUCCUUAGUAUAAAAACGGCCAAUAAUUAAAUGGUUUGUUGUGUGUGCUCGCAUGCGGAUUGUCUUCAGAAGGCCCUUUGGCGUUUAACUGUAAAAGACACAACGGCCACUGUAAGUCGAAUUUGUUCCGUGUUUUGGUUGCGCGGUGUUGAAUGAACGGUCACUAAGAAGAAUCGACAAAGGCCGUGUAUCAUUAUGAUGUUUAGCCAGUUGAGAGACUUUGAACUUUCUAUGAUUUCUGCAAUACGCUAAGUCGUAAGACCUAUAAGAAACAUUUUUCAAAUGUUGAAAAGUAGAGACUGAGUCUGUGUAAGAGCUAGAUGUAAGUUUUCUGCCAACGUGCUGCAGUAACAUUAAGGUUGUUAAAAACAGAUGUAUAAGUGACAAUAUACGCACAUUAUAGAUAGUGCUAUUAAAUAUACAGAAAACAAAGGUUUACCCGGUCUACUUCUUUUCCUCGAUUUUGAAAAAGCUUUUGACACGUUAGAUUGGUCAUUCAUAAACCAAACGUUACGGCACUUUGGGUUUGGCCCCUCACUGUUAAACUGGGUUGAACUGUUUUACUGCAAUACCGAAAGCUAUAUACUAAUUAAUGGAUGGGCAAGCAAUUUCUUUGAGUUAAGUCGAGUUGUUAGGCAAGGCUGCCCCUUGUCGUCUUAUCUCUUCAUACUGUCCGUAGAAAUACUCGCUGAAGCUAUUCGCAAUAAGAAAGAAAUAAAGGGCAUCAAAAUCUAUAAUACUGAAGUUAAAGUAAGUCAAUAUGCGGAUGACACGACACUCAUUUUAGAUGGAACUGAAGAAUCAGUAAGAGCGUCAGUGUUACUGAUAGAGGUAUUUGGGAACAUAUCUGGCCUAAGGCUGAACAAUGAGAAAACAGAGACCUCGUGGAUAGGUUCUAAAAGAAACUGCAACCUGAAACUCUGUCCGGAAAAAAAUUUUAAAUGGCAAAAGGGAAAGGUCAAAGCACUAGGCGUGUGGCUCUCUACAGAUCACCAGUUAACACUCUCUCUCAAUUACAACGAGAAAUUGGCAAAAAUCCAAACUAUCUUGGGAUGCUGGAAAUUUGGAAGACUUAGCUUAGGGAAAGUUCAUUUAAUAUGACAAGGGGGGGGAUGAAGAUAUUGAGAGGGGGCUCCGAAAAUUUUUAGACACCCGAAGGGGGGGCUCCGAAAAUUUGUAUACUUCAAAAUCAACACGUGACAUCAUCAUACAGAUCGGAUGGUUUUCAACUCAACAAUUUAAUGACCUGUGCAACUCAGCUAUAUCACGUGGUUUACAGAUAUAACAAAUGUAGUCUCAGUAAUUAUUACACUCUUGUUCAUCCUAAAAAUGCUUUAGAAAAUUGUAUCACAACUGUAUCUCAAGUUUGUCAUAGUAUAAACCAUUGAAGACAAUAGCGGUAAAUAUAUUUAAUACAGUCUAGCGAUCUUUUUUCAGGGGAGCAAAGGAAUUGAAGGAGGAGGGGGGGGGGCUCUGACAUUUUUUCGACUAUCAAGGAGGGGGCUCCUAAAAAAUUGAACCGCUAGCGAGGGGGGCUGCUAAAAUUUCAAGCUUCGAGUUUCAAUAUCUUCAUCCCCCGUCGUCAAAUUAAAUGAACUUUCCCUUAAUAGGGAAAAUAACAGUACUAAAAAGCCUUGUAGCAUCCCAACUGGUCUAUAUACUCACACCUUUGCAAACGAAUCACCAAGCAAUAAAAGAGAUCAACAAGCUUUUUUUCAAUUUCUUAUGGAACGGCAAAAAGGAUAAAAUUAAACGCUCGAUCAUGAUCAAUGACUACCCUGAAGGAGGACUAAAAAUGAUUGAUAUUGCUUCUUUUAACAAAUCACUCAAGGCUACGUAGAUUAAAAAGUAUCUAGAUUCAGGAAACCGUGGCAAAUGGGAAAACUUCUUUAAUCUGGCGCUGGGAAAAUACGGAGGGAGUCGUUUUUUCGAAUUAGGAAAUCUUAACAGAAAGGAUAUUGAUAAGCUAAAGAUAGAAGACCCUUUUAUCAAAGAAAUUGUAGAAAUUUGGUCUGAGACUUUCUUCGAGAGGAAAAUAGUAUCAAAAGAUCAUUUCCUAUCUCUACCUCUGUUACAAAAUUCAUUAAUAAGAAUAAAUAACGCACCAGUUUUCUGCAAUAAUUGGCUUAACAAGGAUAUAACAAAAGUUAAACAUCUAAUGGACGAGAAUUCUCUCAACUUUUUUUCCCUCGACCAUUUUCAGAACAGAUAUAACAUUCGAGUAAAACCCUUAAUGUUUUUCGGAAUCGUCUCAGCCUUGAAAUCUUUACAACGACAAAUCCCGAGAACACAUCAGCAGUAUGAAAGUCCUUUUAACACAUUUCUCAAAAGCCAAAAAUCAUCUAGAAUUGCUUACUAAUAGCAAAUAAAAGUAAAACACCCAUAUCUUGUAUAGACAAAUGGCAUAAAGACAUCCACUCUUCAACCGAUAAAAAUGUUGACUGGAGAAACGUUUUUCAAGCAGCAAACACUUGUACAACCAGCUCCAAACUAAUUGAUUUUAAUUUCACAUUUUUACACAGACGUUUACCAACUAAGAGCUAUCUGUAAAGAAUAGGAGUUAAAGAGGACGGAAAAUGUACUUUUUGCCAUUACGAGAAAGAGGAUUUGACACAUCUAUUUUGAAAAUGCCAAAAAACCAAAAAUUUUUGGGAUAAUUUCUCGAUAUCGCUUCAGUCGUGCCAGAUCCUGCAACCAGGCAGUUACUUAGACAUGACUACCGCUUUGGGCCUAACGCCAGACAGCUCUUCCUUUAAGCUCCAUAUAAAAUUCUGUUGUCUUAUAGCUAAGAACUUUAUCUGGAUAUGCAGAUCAAAAGAAUGUUUCCCAAUUCACAACAAUUUCUUGUUUUAUCUGAGACAUAUAUACCAAUUAGAAAAUAAGACACCGCGCAAUACAAGAAAAUAGAAACCUUUCCUUUCCUCGCUGGGUCUUGUCUCGUAACUCCAAAAACAUAAAUUAGUAAUAUCUGCACCUACCAUGAAUAUUUAUAUUGCUUUCACCACAAAGAAAGCAAAGGAAAAAAAAUGUAAAAAUUAAUUAUAGAUCAUACUAAGUACAGUAAUAUAUGGAAUUAGCACUGCUGUAACGUAGUUUAAUAUUUGUAAGUAUAUUGCCAUGUAAGUGUGUAAAUUCUCUAUUUGUUUUUUUGUUUUUUUUUUCUUUUUAUUACUUUAUUUAUUCUGUGUAAUUUUUUUUUCUGUGUGUGUUUUACUUACCAAAAAAAAAACCAUUAAGGUUGUUUUGACAGAUCGGGGCUUCCCCAUCGUUACUCGUCAACAAAAGAAAAUGAAACCAUUAAAAGUCAUUAAAAGAAAAAGGCAUGCCAAGAGUUUUUGUAGACGUAAACACACUGUCUUUAUUCAGUGAUUAUUACGUACUUAUACUAUAUUGUGACCCCUAUGUUAAGAAAAAGAGCAAAAAAUAAAUUAAAUUAAGUUUACAAUCUUGUAUUUUGCAAAUGUAAGAAGCCGAGUUUUCAAGACUAAUCUAUUUUAACGUUUUUUUUUCUGUUUUGCAAAGCUAAGUUGAACGCUUUAGUAGAAUAAAUUAACGUCGAGCAAAUGUAGCGGGAUGUGGUUCUUUCCCUUGAAAUUCAGCUGCUUUGUUUUUGCUUUCAAUUGAGAUUAUCCUAUCACUUAUAAAAACAAAUACAAAGCAACCUCCACACUAUCAUAUACGUUUAAAAAUCAUAAUGACAGAUAUGGAAAAAUGUGCGUGAUUGUGCACCUUUCAAGUACAUAAGGUUAUCCCACUUGUCAAUGUGCUUAAAAUAACCCUGUAUAACCACACCAACCGACUUGUUGUUAAACCGGAAGUGGACUUUUUGUUUUCUUGGGCGGUGUUUUAAUACACUUUCAAAACGUCUUUUCCCUUCAUACGAGUUCUCUGUGGUCUACACACUAAUUAAUAUAUAAUUCACACUCGUUGGAACUGAUAUGUCGCCCUAUCAGCAUAAAAGGAUGCGGCCGUGCUUAAAAAAAGCUGUGUUGAUUUCUGUGCUCUUCUCAGCAAGGCAGUCAGAUAAGUAAGUAGAUGUCGAUUGUAGCGUGAAAAGUGGGCGAGGGUAACUGCAUUGUCCAAUACCGAUCUUUUUUCCAGAAUAUCCACAAAAUAUCAUAAAUUGAUUUUCGAACAAGGAGGUCAAAAGGCAAAAUGUUUGCAACUGAACCAGUCUUCGGAGGAUGUCCUAAAAAAAUUAAAACAUUUUUAACAGCAGUGAGGAUCAAGCAAUUGGCUUUGAAGGAAAAUGGAAGGAACUAAUAAGACACAUGGUAUUGUACAGCGCGCUCGUUGGUAUGAAAAUUUAACCCGGAAAUGAGUGGGCAACGUAAGCUGUUCUUAAAAUAAUGUCAAUGUAAAAUAUCAAGCAAAUUCAUCUUGUGUGAUCAUGUCCGUAUUCUAAUGACCACUCUGUUUUACAGAGCAUUGAUAUUACAAGGAGAAAUGUGAUACUGAUCACUCUUAGGGCUUAGAGAGUUACCCGAAGGGUUUACAGUAAAACUCUUAACUAAGGUUUACUUAAAGAUCUGUAAAAACGAGAAGGAAGACAAUUAAAAGUUUCAACAAGCAGUUACUUUGAUGACGACACAACGACACCGUCACAAAAACAAUAACAAAUACGACAUUUGAUUUAUUUAAACUGGAAAAGCAAACUAAAAAUUUCCAACAACCAUAGAAAUACUUACUUAACUAUUUCAUUCGUCAUGUUCCUGAGGUUGUGGAUGUACUCGAUUCUCAGCUCUUCUGUUAAUGGUUUGGUCCUCCACUUGUAUUCUAAUGUCCUCUAGCCUUUGUAUCGCGCCUUGCCUCCUGAUGUCGACCAGCUCAGGGGCCUGUACUGCAAAAACUCUUUGCUGACCGGCUGUUAUUACGGCCAAACAAAUCAUCGUGAAAAAAUACAGAACAAUGGUCAUCAUUAUCAGUAAAAGCAAGUUUGGAUCCAUUUCGAUCGACAGAAUAAGCACUGGUUCUUCUUUCGGAACUUUCUGUUCACUGAGGUCGAAAUUGAAUAGUGAUGACCAUAACACACUAGAUGUUUUUUAUGUUAUUGCCCCACGCCUCACUUGGGCCACUAAAUGUGGUACCGCCCACGGCAACUUGUCUAGAGUUGACAGGAUUUCCACUGGAUAUUUCAACGGUUUCGUAGUAACAUUGAAUAAAAUUACUCUGCAUUAAACCAGCCUUUCAGGAACAAUAACUAAAAUAAUUGCAUUAAUUUACGUGUAUUAUUCCGCCUGUUUUCCGGGAGCGAAAUUAAAGAAAUCGGUUCUGUUUUUUUAGUUCUAUACGUUACGCAAUUGGAAAUUGGAAAUUCAAAAUUUAGACUUUUGCGGUUUCAAUGUUUGUUUGAAGUUCCGCGGUCAUACCAGGGGUCAUUACAUUUUUUAAGAUAUUUUCCUAAGUUUCCGGACCAUUGUGUUACCCUGGCUCAAGAGGUGCGUUCUCGAGCAGUAAUAUUUUCAAAAUUUAGACUUUUGCGGUUUCAAUGUUUUGUUUAAAGUUCCGCGGUCAUACCAGGGGUCAUUACAUUUUUGAUGAUAUUUUCCUAAGUUUCCAGACCUUUGUUUUACCCUGGCUCAAGAGGUCCGUUCUCGAAUAGCCUGCUCGGGCGCGCGAAUGUUUUGCUGGCGAAAGCGCCGUGUUGAAACUCCGAAAGAGAGGAGAAAAAGUGGGGUAGGGGGCACCUACCCUAAGGGUUGGUAUUUUUACUCUCCCUAAUCUUCCUCCGUGACAACAUCAGAGAUGGCGGUUGUACGUGCAUAAACAAGCAGCUUUCGCUCUUCCAAAAUACGCCUGUACUGCAGGCUUGUUCUCGAAAUACCUAUGACGAAAAAUUAAAUGAGAAAAAAAUAACUGUGGAACCCAGGGUAACUUUGUUAUACUUAAUUCAGGAUUUUUAAUUUUUAAUUUUUAUAUAUUUGUACAUUCCGGGUAAAUUUUGAAUACAUAAUUCGCUCAUCUGCAUUUUGCUUUUGAUUUGAUUUUUGUGUUUCUUUGAGCACGUGUUUGCAAACGCUAAGAAUUUUGGAUUUUUUUGAAGGCGCACUUAGCGUGAUGGACAAUUUGAAAAAUCAUCCUUAUGCAAGAAAACUUUCAGACGCUAGACGGGGCCUCACGUGCGUGGCCUGCACGUAAUGAGCACUGAAUCCUACAUGUCAUGUUUCCGAUGUUAGUCAGCAAAAGUCUACUCUAUAAUAGGCAUCUUACGAAACCACGACGACGACGACGGUAACGGGAACCUCAAAAAACAAUAGGUUUAAUGAGCAAAACAACAACUCUGCACGUGCAUCACGCUUUUUUGUACAUUUCUUUGCCUUCACUGCACAACUACGACGUGAAAUGACCAAAUUUUAAGUUUACUUGAGAACGGGAACGGCAAGGCGAUAAAUUCUACCAUCUCUGUCCGAACUUGAACGCGUUCCCCUUUCUUCAGCUCCAGCCAAAAUCCCCUUUUUUAACACGUUUUUGAGCGGUUUGGUGUUUGGAUUUCACCGUAAAGUGAUCCACUGGCAACCUCGUUCCCAGGGUUCUCUCCUACCCGCUGUCACAGCCGCCCUCCGUAGGGCGGGUAGGAGAGAGCCCUGGGAACGAGGUUGAUCCACUGGGGUCAUAAAUGAUUUUGCUGUGAUCACAUCAUGUGUGACAAAAUUGAAAGAGGUACUUUUUUGUGCAUGUAUUUUGUUUUCACUUUAUACACGAUUAGAAAUUUAAUCAUGUCUUUUAAAAGAUAUAUUUCUGAGCAUCUGAGGAAAAAUAUUUUCGAAAAAAAGCGGCCUUAUGCUAUGAUCAGCAUGAUGAGUUUAACACUAUUACAUUUUUUCAGAAGGCGAACUCUUUAACGCAUCAGUGACGUCAUCUCACGACCCACGCUAGUACUGCGUGACCAACAAUUAAAAUCAUAUAUCGGUAUCCUCUCUUUGUAAAAACAUAUUUGUCCUAUGACUUUUAAAGAGGUCACGAGACAGUUAACUCAAUAAGAACUAACACAAACAUUUUUUUUUUAAUGAAGCAGCUUAACAAAUAUGGGUCAAGAGGUCGUUACAGCAGUUACAGAUAGUCAAGGAAAGAGACUCUCCCCUUACUUCCUCCAGGAAGAGGGUCAAAAGAGAGUCACUGAAGAGACAUGAAAGCUGCGUAGCUAAGCGUAGUUGCAAACAAAGCCCUUUGUAUUACAACAUUGCGGUUUCGUAUUUUAUUCCGCUGCCGGAUAAUCAUGAAACAACAAAAUUAAGGAAGGACAUCUUUGAAUGUUAAGCACUGACUUUUUAUUGUCAUGUUAAUAUGUCUAGCUAAACUAAAUCAUUCUUGCUAGUUGUCGCGGAGUUUCAAAAUGCUUUCUGGUCAUUAAAUUCAGGGCAACGUUACAUACUUUUGAUCGAAAUUUGAGUGAGAUUUUACUGUGUUGAGGUAUCUUGGUUAUCAGAUUUAUCACCCAAUUAGGCAGUCAGAUAAGUAUAGUACAAAAGUUGACUCUUGAGUCAUCAGACAAAUGAUUCACAAAAGUACAUGAAAUACAAAGUGUUUUAGGAGUUGGUAUACGUUUUAUCUAAUAUCAGUGAAGAAACCUUCACCAAUAAUCCUCCUUAUAGACUGCCAAUCUAAUCUAGCAAGAGUUUUAAGGACACAUCGUGGUCAGCAAUUAAGUGUUUUCCGUUGGUUUCCUGGAUUUGAAAAUGCGGCACACGUAUUUCCGUCAGCAAUGUAAAUUUUUUCUGUUGGUUGGUUUGCUGAUUUCUCGAAGAUAUUAGCUCUGGAAGCUACUCUUAAAUGUAUGUACGCAUGUAUGUCUGUAUGUGAAAAUGCGGCACUAGUAUUUCCUGUACACAAAUGAGCCCCAAAGUGUCGCUUCAUACUUAACAUACAGUACUUUUGAUGGAAACAUCAUAUUUGUAUUUGCAUUUUUGCAGAUCAAACUGAUAGCCCAAGUUCGAAAUAUGACCAUCGGCAAUUUUGGCUAACCUUCAAAACAUAAGGAGUUUUUAUACGAGCAAAAAAAAGCGAUUGUUUCUGUAACCUAUCAUUGUGAAAGGAUUUUUAAAUAAAAAUCGGCUAUAUAUAUAACGUCAUUUACGUUUUGUGUUUGUCUUCCCUGUGUAAAUUACUAAUCCCCGAGCGAUUUAGCACCCGGCUAUGGAUUUUGUUACUAAACUGGUAUGUUAUCUUUACAGCUUUCUCUAUAAUCCUUUGCCAAGUUGGGAAAGGAUUAUAGAGAGAACAACCGGUUCCAACAAAAAAUAAAAUAAAUCGGUUACAUUGUUUGGCAAGGUAAAGCGAUCCAUACCCGCUUGUUUCCCGUAUGAAAAAAAAUCUUCUUCAUGCUUCACGUUCCUUUAGAUAGUAAUUAUUGGGUGGGUUAUCAUGGUGGCGGAGUCUCGCUUUGGGUGAGCUCUGUUUGCUGGGAUACCAGAUAAUUACAAUUCCAUUUUGGGAUGAAUUUGGUCACAAGAGUGCAGUGGCCGAUUAUUUCAUUUAAGCAUAUAAAGCUAGGAAAAUACACAAGAAGCUAGAUACACAAGAAGAUCAUCUUUAUUCAGCCAUAAAUAUGUUUCGUCUAGGUUGACCUUUGUGUCAACCCACAAAGUACAUGCACGUAAGUUCAGAGGCCUACCGUACUAGAAACCUAACUUCCGCCAUAAGAUUGUUUUUAAUCCCACAUCUCAAUGCCAUUAGCUUUCCUUUCAGUGAGUGUCCGUCUUACCACUGUACGGCGGAUUGAGUAAUUUCGAGUAAUUGCUUCGUAGUAUGGUUACGAUUUAAAGUAAUGUUUUUUAAACUACAAUUGUAGCUAUUUAAUGAAAAUUCAUUACAGAGUUGUUCAAAACUGAAAAUUGCAGCAGGAAAAAUAGAGAGGAAGGUAAUUAAUCAAGAUACGGAAAAUGAUAUAUAUUUCAUCCUAUUUGAUCUCAAUUGACACCCUUAAACGUUCAAACACCUCUGAAACGUUUAUAUGUUCUCAAAGCUGUGUUUGUCGCAAUCCUGCGCAUAUAAGAACAUACACACAUACUUCAUGAAAGGCUUUUCGGCAUCAAUGUAACUUCAUUUAGUUCUAAUGCAUCUAAAUUCUGAGUUUAAAACUCCUCUAUAAAAGUAUCGCCUAUAUAUACAGUAUGAAGGUAAAACUGGAUUGACGAUUUCCUUUUAGUCUUGUUCACUUUGCAACUGCGUGAUAACCUAACAAUGAAAAAGCAAAUGGAGUUAAAUGUGCUGGGAUGUUCUAGUCAACGUAAAACUGAAAUCUUUUGUUUUUUCCUUCAAGCGCUUUAUAGCCCUAAGGGUAGUAAGCGCGUGUGCAGAGAUGCCAGACGUGUGAAGUGGCGCCGAACAAAACUCCAUUAUGCUGCCUUGUUUCAGUGAACAAAAGGACGUGAAUGGCUUUGGCAAUUGGAAACAUCUUUUGUUUUUAUUCUGGAAGAAGAAGAUUUCUAACACCAGAAAGCUCAGAAAAGAUUCUGAGCUCCAGGUGAGAAUCGAACUCACGAGCCUCCGAGUUCUAGUUCGGAUGUUAUUCCCUGAACCAAAAAAGCAUGCAGCUGGACCUAAAAAACUGUAACCUGAGAUCAGGCCCAAUUUUAGCGGUUCUCUUACAUUCUCUCUAACGGAAUGUAAUUUUCAAAGCAAAACGAAAAUAGAGCCUGAUCUCAGGUUAAAAAAACUGCGGAAAACUUGGACAUUCUACCGUCAGACCGCCUAAAAUUUAAAGGCCACAGAAAAGCAACACUUAUUUAGAUGGGUCGAGGUUAAGUCCUGUCCAGGCCGUGAAAGUUUCGUUGGCUUGAACUUAACACAAUUCAAAGUUUUUUCUUAACAGACUUUAACUCACUUACUUCUUUGUUUCUUUCGUCGUGUUCCUGUGGAACGCGUGAGGUGUUCUCGUACUUCUCGGCCAUCCAAAUUAAGGUUCGCCUCUGUCUUGCUGCUACUCCACCGUGCAACUCUGUCCGUUUUGUAGCGGCGUCCAUCUCAGUAUCGUGAACUGGGUGAAAACUGCACUCAUGGGCUCUCAGAAUUGAAUAUAUUUUCAUCACAAAGUACAUCACAAUGACCAUCAAGACAAGUAAUACAAGGCUGAUUAUUUCGGUCGUCAUGAUUACAAUCGUAACAUUCGUCAGAUUCGUAGCUGUACACGUCUUUACGUUCACUGUCGGCAAAGUGAUGGCUUCAAGUCACUUUUGAAUAUUCAGAUUUGUAUUCCGGGAAUCAGUGCUGCACCUUUUAUGUUUCGUCAGCGAUAGAAAUCUGAAAGAAUUUUCAUCGAAAAAGUACGAAAAAGCUAACGGUUCCUCAAAAAUCUGUACCAUUGACGAGCGCUAAGCACGUUCCUGCCAGUGACCAAAAUACCACAAUGUCUCAUGUGUUAUGAGACACCUCCCGACACUUGUCAGGGCGGGCUCUAGAGCAUUGUUGAAACAUUAGUCUAUUUUUAGAACAGCAGCGUGUUUGUCACUUCAGUUUUCACUACGGAUCUUAGCCAUAUAUAUUUAUUCCUUACCGCAAAACAUUACUGAGAUUACUUGGACCAAGAGCAACGUCACGAAUAUAGAAUGGAUUGAACUGCGUGCAUAAGGUUUUAAAACAGGAGUACUCGGUCAUCGUUCAAAACUUAGCAUAUUUACGACAUUCGCCGCUAAUACUAUGCUUGCCCUCCUGGCGCUUAAUUUAAUUAGCACCAUUGAAACACCAUUUAUUUUUACUGAAAAAAAAAAGCUUAAUGGAAGUGCCGAUGUUUUGAUGUAUAUUUUGUAGUUAAUUUUUUAUCUCAGGUAAUUUUUAUUUUUCUUUUGUUUCAACUUCAUUUGCAUACAUUUCCAUAGCCAAAAACGAAAGAAAAACAAAAAUUGCCUAGGAUAAAAAGUUAACUACAACAUAUACGUUAAUCCGAUUAAUUGCAUUCUCUUUACCCAUCACUUGUUGUCUUAAUUAGGAUGAAGGAGAUUUUUGACACCAGAAGAAAGCUUAAAAAAAAUCCGAGCUCCAAUUGGGUGGCCUUGGUAGCUCCGUUUCCUUGUUUUUCGUUUUCGUUUUAUCUUCUUUUCAUUUCUUGUUGUAAUACGGAAAGAAAAAACUCAGCUGACAUGUAUCAGCUGACAUCGUACAAGUGUCAAACCGUUGCACUACUGAAGUAGUCAUGGAUUAACAUUUUUUUUGGUCAAUUUAAGCCUCCAAGUGGUUUGAUUUCAUCUCAUUUGAGCGCUGUAAACUCUUUAAAAAGACUCCCUGAAAACAGAAACUAGUAACAAAAACUUCUGUAAAAUUUAAAGGCCACAGGAAAGCAACGUUUUAGACGGGUUACGGUUAAGUCUUGUCCUGGCCGUGAAAGUUUCACAAUUCAAAGCGUUUUCUUAACAGACUUAAACUCACUUACUUCUUUGUUUCUUUCGUCGUGUUCCUGUUGAACGCGCGAGGUGUUCUCGUACUUCUCGGCCAUCAAAACUGAUGGUUUGCCUCUGUCUUGGUGCUACUCCACCGGGCAACUCCGUCUUUUUUGUAGCGGCGUCCAUCUCAAUAUCGUGAAUUUUUUUUUUUUCAUCACAGGCCAGGCCGUCCAGGCCGUGAAAGUUUCGUUGGCUUGAACUUAACACAAUUCAAAGUUUUUUCUUAACAGACUUUAACUCACUUACUUCUUUGUUUCUUUCGUCGUGUUCCUGUGGAACGCGUGAGGUGUUCUCGUACUUCUCGGCCAUCCAAAUUAGGGUUCGCCUCUGUCUUGCUGCUACUCCACCGUGCAACUCUGUCCGUUUUGUAGCGACGUCCAUCUCAGUAUCGUGAACUGGGUGAAAACUGCACUCAUGGGCUCUCAGAAUUGAAUAUAUUUUCAUCACAAAGUACAUCACAAUGGCCAUCAAGACAAUUAAUACAAGGCUUAUUAUCCCGGUCGUCAUGGCGAGUUCGUUUCUUCCGUUUCGUUCACUGAUUGUGACAGUUCGCACUAGCAAUAAAAAUCAGAAAGGAUUUUUAUCUAAAAAAUACGUGCAAAAUUGUUUUCCUCCUGAUGAGAGUCCCGUCAGUGAUUUAACCUUUCCCGAAAUCUACUCAGGAUUCCUCGGAUAUUACCAGUGACGCGGAGUAUAAAGCACUUUUCAGUGAGCCGAAAAUUUGAAACUGUGCUCGCCAGAGAAAACGGUAGCCUCCCCGCAGACGUCCUUUGGGGUUCGUUCGUCACGUAUUCAUUUCUGGAGAGAAAUGAAUGCGUGACAAACGAACCCCAAAGGACGUCUGCGGGGAGGCUAGAGAAGACGGGUACUUAAAUACACAAUUCCUCGUGUCACGUGCAUGAAAACCGGGAUUGUGCCCUCGCCAUCUUUCUUCCCGAUUUUUUUCUGAGGGGAGGGGAACGUCUGUACACAGGCUAAAAAUAACCCGGUAGCCACACUAGUCGACGUUAUGUUGAAACUUAACUCAUCCGGAAGUGGACGUUUUGCAUCCUUGGGCAGUGUUUAUAAAUUAUAAGAAUCGACACUUGUAUGCAAAUUUCGUAGCCGGUGUGAAGACUUAUUAAUCGAUAAAGUUAGACAAUCAAUUGAAGGAUUUGUAGAGUUUAUCACCUCUCAGCAGUCAUAAUCAAAUACAAUUUUAAAACAUUUUAUUUCAGUUUUUCACACGAGUUCUCUGUGGUCUACAAACUAUUAAUUAAUAUAUAAUUCACACUCGUUGGAACGUACUUUAAAAAGCUGUCUUGUUUUUGUGUGUUCUUCUCAGCAAGGUAGUCAUGCAGAAGUAGAUGUCCAUAAAUUGUAGCGUCAAAAGUAGGGUAAUUGCAUUAUCCAAUAUGGCUAGUUCCUUUUCUUUUUUUUUUUCGGAAUAAUUAUCCACAAAAUAUCAUAAACUGAUUUUCGGACAAAGAAGUCAAAAGACAAAAAGUUUGCAACUGAACCAGUCUUCGGAGGAUGUCCUGAAAAGGGAAGAAAAUUAAAACUUUUUUAAGAGCAGCGACAAUCAAGCAAUUGCAUAUCAUUUUAAGGCAAAUACAAGGAGGAAAUGUGACGGCUUGUUAAUGGGUAGCGUUUUCGUCGGUUUGGAUUUUACCCGGAAAUGAGUAGGCAACGUUUCGCUGUUCAGAAACAUAAUGUUUAUAAGCUAAAAAAAAGCAAACGUUACUGCAUUGUCACUGAGCCCAUUUUGCCUUCUACAAGGGCUAAAUAGUAAUCUUGACUGGAACACAGUUCUCAAAUAAAGUGCAGUAUAUAGUCUAUGUAUUAAGGGAGAUUCCUAUUAGCCAGUUGUUAACAGGAAAACUCUUCACUAAGGUUUACGGUAAAAAUCUUUAAAAACGAAAAGGAAGACAAUUAAAAUUUUCAAGAAGCAGUUACUUCGAUGAACACAAUGACACCUUCACUAAAAAAAAAAUAACACAAUAAGAAAUACGACAUUCCAAACUUAUUAAAACUGGAGAAGCACAUUAAAAAAUUCCAACAACCAUCGAAAUACUUACUUAACCAUUUCAUUCGUUAUUUUCCUGAGGUUGAGGACGUACUCGAUUCUCAGCUCUCCUGUUAAUGGUUUGGUCCUCUACUUGUCUUGUUAUGUCCUCUAGCCUUUGUAUCGCGCCCUGGUUCCUAAAGUUGAUCAGCGCAGGGAUCUGUACAGCAAAAACUCUUUGCUGACCGGCUGUUAUUACGGCCAAACAAAUCUUCGUGAAAAAAUAUAGAACAAUGAUCAUCAUUAUCAGUAAAAGCAGGUUUGGAUCCAUUUCGAUCGACAGAAUAAGCACUGCUUCCUCUUUCUGAACUUUCUGUUCACUGAGGUCGAAAUUGAAGAGUGAUGACCCUAACACAACACAUGCGUUUUAUGUUAGAAUCGCAUGAGUAAGUAAAAUCUCGCAUUCUGAUUGGUUAAAGAAGCGAGGUAUUUAGUGUGGAAUUGCGAGUUGAAAACGAGGCUAAGCGAUAUUGUUUCGCAUCUACGUAACAACUAUCGUCAAAUUCUAACACAACAACAUGCAAAAAAGGUUUUCUACAAUGUCAUUUUAAAAUGUUUUCAAAACCAUUCAUUGUCACUUUUUGAAGAGUUAAAAACAAACAAAAGCGUUUUUUAAAGUGAGCCGGAGGUUCUUCCUUGUUUUGAACUGAACUACAGAUUCUCGAAGAGACAUAAAACCUCUUUCACUCGCGACAACCAGAAAACAAGAAAAUCCUGUGAACACGGCCCAGAAAAUGGCAAUCCAAAGUUCAACCAAACAAAACGGAGAAGCGACAACGGAGGAAGUGCCGGGGUCGAUUGUCCCAUAUACAGAAGAAGAAAUAAAUACCUUCAAAGAGGACAUGGCCCCUGAAAACACGAAAAAGAGUACGCCGCUUGCAAUCGUCCUGAAUCGUGGUACUUAGAAAAGUACAAAACAGAGCUGAACUUGAACAGCAUUUCUAAAACAUUUCAAGGUACUUACCUUAUGUCAAUCGCGACGUUAAACAUGUUAAACUUUCAGUGUUUUCGCUUGGACACUUGAUUUCUUUCAGUUUUGCCGCCGAAGAGGUAAAAGGUGUAAAUUAUUUUCCUUCUCGAGCAAAUGACCAAUUUGAAAAAAGACGUUCUACAUAAACGGCUUCUAAAUUCAGUAAAAUACCUCUAUUUAUCCUUAAGAUUAGUGUGAAGCUUGUUUACAUGUAAAAAAGUUUGAAAACAAAUGUGAAAACAAGCACAAGGUACAAAAAAAGUUGUCGAAGGUUCAAACGUGUACGACUGACCUUGCUUCCUAUUCGCUAACGCAAUGACAGUUCUGACAGUUGACUUUGAAAUGGCUUUCUGGAGCGCGCGCUCAGGAUAAAAACAAACAAUAUUAUUGCUGUUUUCUUUUUUUUUCUUCUGGUUUUUAUUCAGUUAUGCGAUUCAAGGAAAAUUCAUUACCUGACUCGAGAAUUCCACGUUAAAUUGCACUUGAAAACCGAUAUCGCACUCAUCGCUUCGCGAUUCGUGCGAUAUCGGUUUUCGCGUGCAAUUUAACGUGGAAUUCCCUCGUCAGGUAAUGAAUUUUCCAAUAGUAUCCACUGCACGCUCCACUCCAAUUCAGCCACUCAUGACUGAUAUUAUACUAACUACUGUUAAGUACUUUUGACGACUUCCCAAAGUCUAGUUUCCAUUCGACCAGAAUUAAUUACCAGAUGCAUGGGAAAUAACAUUGAAUAAAAUUACUCUUCAUUAAACCGGCUUUCAGUGAUAAUAACUAAAGCAAUUAAAUUAAUUCACUGUGUAUUAUUCCGACUCUUUUCUGGGAGCGAAAUUAAAGAAAUCGGUUGAGAUUUUUUUAGUUCUACACGUUACAAGGAAAGCAGUAAGAUAUUCAAAAGUUAGGUUUUGCGGUUUCAACAUGCAGGGACACCCAACGAGAAUAUAGUUCAAAAACACUUAAACAUAGCAUCGUUAAACGUAUUUUAGUAUUUAAACGGUAGAUAUAGGCAUAUUUUUAUCCCCUAAAAAUUUUUCAUCUCUUCGGAUUUCCUAGCUGAAAGUCAAGUGAUCCGAAAAUUAUAGGGAUCAAAACUUACCUUUUCGAAAAUUUUAGCCAGAAAAAAGGCUCCCGACAAUUCUAGGUGACCUUUUCAGGGUAAAAAUCCGUUGAAAAUAGGCAAUUAUACCAUUUUUUAGAUGUCCAAAAAUCCUAGGAGAGGCAGGCAAGCAAGAAAUUUUACAGCAAAUGUUCCGAAAAUUCUAGAUCUCAAGUCGUCUUCCGAACAGAUAUUUUUCCGAAAAUUGUCGUUGGGUGCCCCUGUUUCAACAAUCUGCCGCGUGGCACACUGGCUCAAGCAGGCCCUUAGGUCUGUUCUCGAACUCUUCAAGGUCCAUCAAGCGCGGGUGAUAAAAUAUAACCCGCUAAAAAUUGCAGGGGGAUUAUGGAAUACAAGAACGCUCUCCAAUAAAUAGAAGAAAAUAGAUUUUUUUUCUCGCGCUCCGCGCUCGUUCCCGCGCGCUCGCUUCGCUCGCCGAUGUUUUUGAAAAUAACGGAAAGAAAAAUAAAAAAACGUCUGUUUACAGGCUAUUCUCGAAAUACCUGCGACGAAAAAUUAAAUGAGAAAGAAAAAACCUCUGGAACCGGGGCGUACCUGGGUACCGAUAAUUAUCACCUAAAGUUUAGCACCUCUAAAUGUGAGCUACUAACCAUCACACGUAAGCGCCACCCGUUUCGCUACGAUUACAAGUUACAAAACAACUCACUUUAACACGACACUCAAGUAAACGACCUUGGGGUGACUACACGUUGGACGCUCUCCACAUUUUUGCGCCGCAAUAGUGUUAUGUCCGAAAAUUACGAUAUGUCACGUUUGUAAGAUCAUAUAUUGGCUAUGCUAGCGAGGUAUGGCGGGCUCCCAGUGCGAUAUGUAGUAUAACAAAAAUAGAGAGUCUUCAAAGCAGGGCAACAAAAUUCAUCUUAAUAACGCACUGGCAAGAGGAUAUUUCUUAUCACGAGCGCCUUUCUCGCCUCAAUCUGCUACCGUCAACAUACUGGAAUGAAGUGAAAGACUCAAUUAUUUAUUUCACGUUUUGCGUUGGCCACUACACGUUGACCCAUAUAUGAUUACACAGCUCUGAUCAAGACGUACUAAUUCCACGUCUCUAUGCGCUUUCUUGUAAUUAAAUCUUGUGGUUACAUUUGUAUAGACUUUCCUACUUGGUAAGAAGAGGAAUAUUACACCUACGUGGCCUCAUAGCUAUGAUGGCAUGUUUUUAUCUCAGUUUUAUGCAGCAAAAGUAUAUAUAGAUUUCGAGUAAGCGUUCCCGAAAUUUCCGUUGUUUGAUCUUCCAUUUUAUUCGAACGAAAAAUUUAAAAAGGGAAGGAUUGUUUUUUUUGUUGACUGGUUUAUAGCACCGAGAAAUCUCAAUAAUCUUGGGAUCCUUUAGUUGGGUACUGGGAUGUUUAUCUACAAAGCUCUGAAUGGGUUAUACUAAACAAACUUGUGGCUUUUACAGAUUUUUUGGCGUAAAACAUAUAUUUUAGAUUGUUUGGUCGAAUUGUAUAUUGUAUAUUAUUUCAUGUUGUGCUGCAUUCUUUUAGAUCCAAACUGCUUAGGGGGUUCCCCUUACUAAUUGAUGUGCAUAUAAUGAGGUUUCAAAUUGACACGACAAAGCCUCUAAGAUUUCUUGUCCCUAUUUGCUAUAGGUGGCGUUCUUCAAUGCGGACAAAAAUUUUAUUAAGUCCAAGGAACAUGGAUCAGGAAACACUGCACUUCAUAUGGCCUGUCGACAUGGACACUUUGUGAGUAUUGGAGCAAUUAUAUCGAGAUAUUCCUUAACUUUGACCGGAAAAAAGAAAAUGAAAAAGAAAGAAACGGUGCCCAAAAAGGAAAACUACACAUGUUUACGUCGCCCGUGUGCCACUUGUUCGUAAGUUUCAUUUUCCGAGAGGGCUUUCUUUUAUAUUGUAUUUUGCUGGUCGAGACUAGUUUGCCGGCUGGGAAAUUCUUUUUGCGAUUCUUAGAAAUGCAUUCAAACUUUAUCCAUUUAAAGGGAACCUCCACUCUUACUACAGAAUAAGUUUAAAUCGAAUAAAAUUAUGUUGAUAAACAAAUUUGUUCGAAAUUUGUCUUAAAAAAAGUGUUUAUAUAAGGAAAAGUGAAUUUUAAAAUCGCUUAUUUUCACUUUCAAAUUUCGCGGGCGCCGCCAUCUUGAAUAAUUGUGACGUGUUACGGUUGCUCUAUUGUUCUGACACAAAGAGCUUUUGUUUAAUAACAAUAGGGCAACCAUUACACGUCACAAUUAUUCAAGAUGGCGACGCCCGCAAAAUUUGAAAACAAAAAUAGGUGAAUCUAAAAGUUAUGUCUUUCGGAUACAAACGCUUUCUUUAAAAAUAUUUUAGAUUGACUUGACUGUAACAGUUAUUUCGUGUGAUUUAAAGUUAUCUUUUUGUUGAAGUGGAGGUUCCCUUUAAUUGAGUCAAAGGCUAAACUAGACUACAAGUAGUCUCCCAUUUUUCUCAGGGUUAGCCCGUGUCAAAAUCAAAGUCAUUUGACAAGUGCUUUUGUGUAUAUUAUUCAAUAUCAAAAAUGAAAACUUUCAUGAAGUUUAGCCGAUAUGCGAUUGUGUUCCUUUCUGAGGACGGUUUUGCAUAUCCCAAAAUAAUUUUGGGCCUUUUCAAUAUUUAUCAUGUUUUCAAGUUAGGAAAUUAUUCUUUUCAUGAAAUCCCAAGUAACGAUUGAUUUUUCAGGAUAUUGUGUUAUACCUCCUGGAAAACGGAGCUGAUAUCGAUAUGUUUAAUAAUCACAACAACACGCCUUUUUUCCUGGCCACCGAAAGUCUACAAAAGGAGAUAUGUCAGGUAGCUAAGAAUGAUCGACAAAUAUAAGACUAGAUUAAGCUUCCUCUGAGUCAAUAGCCAACAAAACUGGCAUCUUGCUUUGAUUCAACACGGAGUUUUGGCGAAAAGAUAUAGAGUGUUUUCACUCACGUGGUCAGCAUCUAUGCAAAUUUAUUGGAACAAAAGAAAGCGUUUGCAUAAGAAAGGAGUUCAACUCCCACAGGACUGGUUUGGGAGACCAACAUGGCCGCCGUUUCAUUGUUUUGGGACACCAAUAUGGCCGCCGUGACGUCAUGUGAAAACACUCUAUAGAAUCAAGCCUUUUUUGUUCAACUUUAAUUCGCGAAAAUAACAAAUAAACUUGCAAGGAUGAAAUUCGUACCAUUUAAAAUGUUUAUUUUUCUCUAGAUGAAAUCGCAAAAACGAAUUGUUAGGUUAGUCUAAAGAAGUUACUAUUGUUUUUGUUCAGAGCGCUGGCUCGAUACACACGAUCUCUCGCGCAAUGAAUAAUGAGUACGUAAGCCCAUCAGAAUUCGUUAGUAUGCUAGUUGGUUGAGCUGUAUCGGACAAAAACGCAUCCGAUGUGCACUGAAUAAAAAUCUCUAAACUGAUCAGUUAACUUGCUAACUGAAUGACUGGCUGCAUGACUGACAAAUUAACUAACUGGCUGACUAAGCAUGACUAACUGAAUAAGCUGAGUGACCGUCUUGCUGUCUGUCUUACUCUUUUACCAAAUUACUUACGAAUCAUUCUGACUCUCUUUUCCUGUUUUUAGCUUCUGAUCGAAUGGGGAGCUGACGUGAUGAAACGUAACAAGAGUAGUAAGACAGCCUUCGAUCUCAUGCGCCACUAUGAACUCAAGACGUUUUUGGAAGGUAUAGCGUAAACGUAUUUCUGUUUAUGGAAGAGGGAGGGGUUAUUAGCCUAGUCAUUGUCCUAAUGAUGCCUGCAACUGAAACCAUAAAGCCACCACCCCUCCCCCCCCCCUUUUUCCCCCUCAUUCUCGCGUAGGUAGCCAAAAUAGGAAAAUAUUUUGCCAAAAUUGUCAGGAUUUUUAGUUAUUUCCUUGCAUGCAUUCAGCAUAGUGGUGCUUAUUUGUAAACUUUCUGUGCUAUAGUUUGUUUUCAAUUGUAGACAAGAAGUAUGCCUUUAGUUAUGCUUGCUUAUACAAACUAUUCAGCGGGUAAAUUCCUUAACAGCAAGGCGCAUAGAAAUUAAUAGUCUUUAUACUCGAGACUUUUAACCCUUUAAGCCCCAAUAUCCACAUCCAAAUUCUCCAAACUGAUCUCCGUACAUUUCUUUAUAGAAUUAAUUGAGAGAAUAGGUAAAAGAUCAAAGCAUUUUCCCUUUAGGUGAUCAUUUUAUAAAUUCUCUUAACUAUUUCUCCUGACCAUGUAUUGAUAUUGUUAGGGGAAAAUAUAUGGUGAUUCACUGAUCACUCUUAAGACUUGAAAGGAUUAAAACUACUGUCUCAUGGCCGUUCUUUCUACACAUGCAAGAAAACUAAGCUAGAAGCCUGCUCGUAUGCUAUGCUAUGAUCUAGCUGAAAACUUGCCUUUUGCGCAUGCUAUUAAGCAUUCGGAACGCAGUUGAAAUGAUUGAAUAAGGAGAACAAUAUCUGCUUUAGAGUCGUGUUACCUAGCUCGAAUGUUUGGGUUUGGCUUGCCUACUGUGGCUGUAAACUGCAACCACGGUUCAACUGCUGUAAAAAGGGUUACAAAAGUGUUUUGUUAGUAACCUUAAAUCAAAUUCGCUUUUGUUCCGUCACUUGAUUUCAAGUACCCUGGGUACCCGAGGUUUUCUCGCGUGCGGCGGGAAUUUUCGGUGUUGGCCGAGGUCCGACACAUCUUUGGCCGUAGGUCGAAGUCACGAGCGGCAAGUAGAUUUCAAGACGACAUGAGAAGAACUAUGACCAAGGCCAAACGUCGAACAUUUCACGAGAAGAACUAAACUUGUUGAGUUAAGGUCAUGCAAAUGUCGACGUCUGGCUCAGUAAAGUUCAUCUGUAUGAGUUUGGAUCGUCCAACAUGUUCUCAUCGUCUGCUUCGGACGGAUAGAACGUCUGAAGAUCGUCUCUGACGAUCGAAGAUCUUCUCACGCGACGAACUGGACUAAUAAAUUAACAAUUUGUAUGAUAAUGUAUUUAAAGCCUCGUUUGGGAGAAAAUUUAUCACUGAUCUGAUUCUGUUAAUUAGUUCGACGCGUCCUAAGGUCGUCGUCUGUCUUAAUUUAGGUCGACCAAAUUAGGGUUUGGUUCGUUUCAUGAAAAUUUCGACGUUUGGCCUAUGCCUUAGCUGUUGGUGGUUUUUUUGUACUGAUUACUUUGCAGGUAAGUAUAAAGAAUGGCAUCAGCUUGUUCCUCAGCUGAUAUCAGGUGAUAUCAAGAAGCUGACUGAAGUAGUAGACGCUCAUCACAGGAGAGAGAACAUGUUGGCCAGUUUAAGAAGCAGGUAAAUCGAUUUUUUUCUUGUAAAAUUUUUAGCAACUGAAUCCCUCUUGUUGCUAGUGGCUCUUCAGGGAACUUUGUAGUAGCUUUUCAAGAGACUUUCUAGCUUGGCUUGCUUGUUUUCUGUUUCAGACCGCGAAAUGUAAAAGCCUCCCACGCAGAGGUUCCUUGGGCUUCGUCACGACUAGACGCGUGACGAAGCCCCUAAGAACAUUUGCGUAAGAGGCUAAUUAGAGCAGUUGUUAAAUUAUAAAAAAGCACUCACCGAAAUUAUUUUGCCCAGUAUCAUUCACUAGGAGACCGUUUUAACAUAACGUUUCAGUUUGAUUGCUGUUUUAAAACUACUGGAAACUUCUUUUCAUUUUAUUCGAUUUUUUUUUUCAGAUGUGUAAGCGGUAGCACACUGCUGCAUACCGCUUCUUUCUUCGGAGCUAUACCAGUUAUCAAGGUACAAUUUUCAGACUUUUCGUCAUGUUCCCAUUAUAACGUUUAACGAAAAUGCAUUUAUAAGUUGCCUGUGUCAGCUAAUCUCUUCUCAUCUUUUGUGAAAGACAUUCAAACAUGCAUUUGCCGCGUGUAAUUACGGCACCGAAAUCGACCUCCGAAGGUUCCGGUAUGGACUCUUUGAUCGCUAUGACGGGUGGAGCUAUCUCUUGGUAGUUCCAAGUUUAACUUGUUCACAUUUCCUCUUAACAGUGGAAUUUGCCAUUUUUUCUAUCAUUAUUUCUAGUUAUUAACGAUAAUCAAUGGUCAUGUUGACUGUUGCUGUGUUUUGUCCCAGACCCUGCUCUCCGAGGGUGUAGACGUGAAUAUUUUAGAUUACAAAGGAGCCACGCCCCUUCACAGAGCCAAAGAUGCCGCAACUGUCGAGGUAACCUGGCGCUUCUGUUUACGUCCGAUUAUUCUUUUUUUGUUAUUGUUGUAGUUGUGUGUUUUCUUUUUCCAACACUUUUCCGCCCAUCCUUAAAAUACUUUUACUUGAAGUUGAUGAAAGCUAAAAACAAUCUUCAGUGUGCAUAACUUAGUGUUAUGUACUAAUAAAUUGUGGCUUUAUUAAGAAAGCCGCGAUUAGACCUCUCCAAAUCACCAUGAUACCUUCAUCUAACUCAGUGCUAAUGUUUAUAUCGUUUUCUUUUGUAGCUACUCCUUGAGGCUGGAUCAGAUAUUGACAGUGAAGACCACGAUGGCAACACACCACUGCAUGUAAAAUGUUAUGGCGAGAGCGGAGAACCUACAGACUUAGAAUGCAUUGAGAAAAUGGUAACAUCAUUAGUUAACCACAGCACUAUACAAACCUCCACACACAGCAAAUCACAUAACACAUGAAAGGUUCAAAACGUCUGAUCCCAUAUUCCCUCAUAUUCAAACACCUGCUUCACAGGCUACGAGUUCCCUUCAAGUUGACUACGUUUUUUAAUUUGUAUCUUCAACAGUUGAUGAAAGAAGCGCCACUAAACAUCAGAAACAACCGAGUAAGUAUAAAAUACGAAACCUAAACGUCCUUGCCUACGAGCACGGAUAGGGGACAUGUUUCCUACGCCUUGAUAUCAACCGGGAUAUGGUUUUUAUCUAUAUGGUUACUCUAGCCGGUAGGGACUUGCGAAGUCGUUUCAUGUCCUCUCGUAACUACUGCUACAACGUUGGGUGAUGUAGAAGUUCCCAUAGCAAUCCCCCCUCCCCCCGAUCCUUAUUUCCAAGGGAACAACUUUGAGUUUGCUCGUUUUUAGUCUCCUUUCUUCUUAAUUCUCUCUCUUGCUUCAUGGAAGGGAGGGAGAGAGACCCCGGGGACAAGGUUUUUGUGGCACGCUGGAAACGGUUUAUCGUUAAGUCUCUAAUAUCGCGUCCACUAUCUGUGCCUCAAAGUUGCUUACGUCUCGAAACGGCCCUGUCAUAGCGAGGCAAAGUCAGUCUCCGGGCUUUAUGAGUUUUUCACUCCGCCUUCUGUUACUAGCUUCUGUCGUUUUCGUUGUGUCGCUUUUACUGAAGUAUUACAAUCGCGUUGAUCUAAAAGUACGAUGGUGUAAACCAUUGUUGGGGCUCCGUGAUCUUUGUUAUACUUUCCAACAAUAAUAUUGACGCUAUUUUUUUAGGAUUUAAUGCCGAUUCACUGUUGUGCCAUGCAAGGUCGGAUGGACGCCAUUCAAGCCUUGCUGUUCUUUGACACUGAAGAGAGCAUAAAACGAAAUUUGGAAAUGGAGAGUGAGGUACUUAAAAACGACAAUUACCUAGCGUUUUUUUUUUUGCGCAUUGCAAUGUCAACCGCGCCAAACACAUCGUGUGCGUAUCACGUUACCCAAUCUGAGAGACUAAUAAAUAGUUUAAAGGAAUGCACACCCCCCGCGUGAGAAAGGUUUCACCCCUCUGAUUGGUUGAAAAAGUGGCACAGGACAUCUCAACCAAUCACAAAGCGCUUAGCUUACCAAUCUUCAAUGUCAUUUUUGCUCCCUGAGUCUAUCAAAAACAAAAACGAAACCCUCUGCAAACCAGGCUGCACAAGUAUUUUAGAUUCGAAUGCUAAUCGAUGUCCUCUCUGUAUAUUACAGAGAACGCCGCCCAGCUUGCUUCAUUUGUCUGUAGCCAACGACUUUCUUGACUGUGCAAAAUGGUACGUAUAUUAGAAAAUGAUAAUAAUAUUAAUAAUAAUAUUUAAUAAUAAUUACUUAUUAAUUACUUAUUAAUAUUAUUCAUUAAUUAAUAAUAUUAAUAAUUAAUUGAUUGAUUAAUAGAAAUAAUUAAUAAUAAUAGUAUUUAAUAAUAAUUAAUAAUUAAUAAUAAUAAUAAUAUUUUAAAAAGUAAAGGCAACAUGUUUACUGAACAGUUCAACCUCUCCGUAACGGCCACCUUGGGGACAGAAGAAAGUGACCGUUGUAGAGGAAAUUAAACAAGAGUCAAUGUAAGGACUGUCCACCAAAAAAGUGGCCGUUGUAGAGAGCCGGCCGUUGGGGGAGGCUCGACUGUAAUUAAAAUAACAUAGGGGCAUCCUUGAGCACGGUAAAAAUCACUCGAGAAUAAUUGAAAGAGCUUAAAAAUUUCCAUGGUUUUAAGACAAUGGUUAGGGUUCUACAACAACAACAACACUUUAUUUCACCCCAUAAUAUGCAUAAAAUAAAAAUUUAUAACAAUAGUACAGACAAUGAUAGGGGCGCUGGCUGCCCGAGAUAACCUAAGAGUUAAAAAUGCCAGGCAGCCAGUUAAAAGAAAAGAUGUUUAAAUGUUUAGGUCAGGGACACAAGAACAAAGAAAACAGAGAAACACACACAAAUAGUUAAGUAAACUACCAGUAUAUAAAGAGACUAAAAUUCAUACAUUGCAAAACAGUAUUAUUUCCAUUUUAAAGUUACCCAGACAAUGUACAGGUUCUGGAAAUGUUAAGUUAAUGACCGGUGUCAGCGAAUAAGUUGGGUUUUUCGGGUGCAAUAUUCAGAUCAGAUUCAGAUCAUUUGCAUUCUCAUCUUAGGUUGGCGGAGAACAAAUUCGAAUUUAAAGAAACGGAAACAGAUCUUCUUGUUCAUAAGAUCUUACUUGAGGAAGUUCCAUGGUAAGUUAAAUCCAAAAAAUCUCCGAAGAACAAGUAUGUCUACCGUUUAAACUAUUUUUCACUGUCUCGAUUUCUUGAGAAAAUCUACACCAUCUUGUAUCACAUGCGAGUUGAUUUUUUAGUUAGCGAACGUUCAAUUUGUUUCGUGAAUAAGAAACAAAAAGUUCCAAUUACGGGAAAUUUUGACGGUGCUGGUUGUAAGAGAGCUCACACUCAGAGCCGAAGCUACCCAUAGGCAAGGUACGUACGUACGUACCUGUAAACGUCGAAGAUACAAAAAUAACACUUCGUAAUAACAAAAAUCAAAACGGUAAUAAUUAGGGGAAAAAAAGUAAAUAAUAAUAAUUUAAAAGCAAAACUUUAGAAUGAUCAGUUCAUUUAACUUUGUUUUUUCUUUAAAAUCUUUUAAUCUAAGAAAAGGCUUCCAUACAAGCGCGGACUGAUGAUAUAGAUAAUUAAGAGAAGGAGGGUUACGAUAGCGACUAGAAUAACUGAUAUCACUGGAAUGACUGCACUUGGAUGAUUGAGUUAACCAGAGUCACUAGCAUGACAAACAUGACAUGGACGACUAAGAAUGACCAGGGUGACUGGGGUGACUGGCAUAACUUAGUAUGACUAGGAUGACUAGGGAUAAAUAGAAAUGACUGGGAUCAGUAGCUAAGGAUGACUAGGGACGACUACGGAUGAUUAGGGAUGACUUAGUUACUAGGGAUGACUGCGAUGACCAGGGAUGACCAGGGAUGACUAUGAUGACUAGGGAUGAUUAGGGAUGACUUAGCGAUCACUAAGGAUGACUAGGGAUGACUAGGGAUGACUUGGGGUGACUAGGGAAGACUGGGAUGACUAGGGAUAACUAGGGAUGACUGGAAUGACUAAAGAUGACUAGGGAUGCCUGGGAUUACUAAUGAUGACUUUGGAUCACUGGGAUGGCUAAGGAUGACUAGGGAUGAAUAGGGAUGACUCAGGAUAACUGGGAUGACUAGGGAUGACUAGGGAUGACUGGGAUGACUAGGGAUGACUAGGGAGGACAAGGGAUGACAAGGGAUGACUGGGAUGACUUGGGAUGACCUGGGAUGACUCGGAUGACUAGGGAUGACCAGGGAUGACUAUUGCUGACUAGAGAUGACUGGGAUGACUAGGGAUGACUAGGGAUGACUAUUGAUGACUGGGAUGACUAGGGAUGACUAGGGAUGACUGGGAUGACUAGGGAUGACUAGGGAUGACUAGGGAUGACUUAGGAUGACUAGGGAUGACUGAAAUGACUAAAGAUGACUUGGGAUGACUGGGAUGACUAGGGAUGAUUUGGGAUGACUAGGGAUGACUGGGACGACUAGGGAUGACUGUGAUGACUAGGGAUGACUGGGAUGACUUGGGAUGAGUUUGGAUGACUGGGAUGACUAGGGAUAACUAGGGAUGCUUAUUGAUGACUAGGGAUGACUAGUGAUGACUUGGAUGACUAAAGAUGACUUCGGAUGACUGGGAUGACUAGGGAUGACUAGGGAUGACUUAGGAUGACUAGGGAUGACUGGGAUGACUAUUGAUGACUAGGGAUGACUGGGCUGACUAGGGAUUACUUGGGAUGAGUAGGGAUGACUAGGAAUGAUUGUUAUGACUAGGGAUGACUUGGGAUGACUUGGGAUGACUGGGAUGUCUAGGGAUGACUAUUGAUGACUGGGAUGACUAGGGAUGACUAGGGAUGACUGGGAUGACUUGGGAUGACUGGGAUGACUAGGGAUGACUUGGGAUGACUAGGGAUGAUUAGGGAUGACUGGGAUGACUAGGGAUGACUAGGGAUUACUAGGGAUGACUGGGAUGACUAGGGAUGACUAGGUAUGACUAAGGAUGACUGGGAUGACUAGGGAUAACUAUGAAUGACUAGGGAUGACUGGGAUGACUAGGGAUGACUAGCGAUGAGUGGAAUAACUUGGGAUGACUAGGGAUGUUUGUGAUGACUUGGGAUGACUAGGGACGAUUAGAGAUAACUAGGGAUGACUAGGGAUGCCUUGGAUAACUAGGGAUGACUAGGGAUGACUGGGAUGAGUUGGGAUGACUGGGGAUGACUAGGGAUGACUGGGAUGACUGGGGAUGACUAGGGAUGAUUAGGGGUGACAGGGAUUACUUGGGAUGACUAUCGAUGACUGGGAUGGCUAGGGAUGACUAGUGAUGACUGGGAUGACUUGUGAUGAUUGGGAUGACUAGGGAUGACGGGCAUGACUAGGGAUGACUAGAGAUGACUGGGAUAACUAGGGAUGACUAGGGAUGUCUAGGGAUGACUAGGGAUGACUAGGGUUGACUGGGAUGACUAGGGAUGACUAGGGAUGACUGGGAUGACUAGGGAUGACUGGGAUGACUAGGGAUGACUAGGGAUGACUGGGAUGACUUGGGAUGAGUUGGAAUGACUGGGAUGAUUAAGGAUGACUAGAGAUGACUGGGAUGACUAGGGAUGACUGGGAUGACUAAAGAUGACUUCGGAUGACUGGGAUGACUGGGGAUGACUGAGAUGACUAAAGAUGACUUGGGAUGACUGGGAUGACUAUUGAUGACUUGGGAUGACUAGGGAUGACUGGGACGACUAGGGAUGACUUGGAUGACUUGGGAUGAGUUGGGAUGACUGGGAUGACUAGGGAUGACUAUUGAUGACUAGGGAUGACUAGGGAUGACUGGGAUGACUAGGGAUGACUGGGAUGACUAAAGAUGACUAGGGAUGUCUAGGGAUGACUUAGGAUGACUAGGGAUGACUGGGAUGACCAAAGAUGACUUGGUAUGACUGAGAUGACCAUGGAUUACUUGGGAUGACUAGGGAUGAUUGGGACGACUAGGGAUGACUCGGGUUGACUGGGAUGACUAGGGGUGACUAGGGAUGACUAUUGAUGACUAGGGAUCACUGGGAUGACUAGGGAUGACUAGGGAUGAUUUGGAUUACUAAAGAUGAGUUCGGAUGACUGGGACGACUAUUGAUGACUAUGGAUGACUAGGGAUGACCGGGAUGAGUAGGGAUGUCUAGGGAUGACUAUGGAUGACUAGGGAUGACUAGGGAUGGCUGGGAUUGCUAGGGAUGACUAGGGAUGACUAGGGAUAAUUGGGACGACUAGGGAUGACUACGGAUGACUGGGAUGACUAGGGAUGACUAGGGAUGACUGGGAUUACUUGGGAUAACUUGGGAUGACUUGAAUCACUAGGGAUGACUAGGGAUCACUAUUGAUGACUAGGGAUGACUGGGAUGACUAGGGAUGACUAGGGAUGACUUAGGAUGACUAGGGAUGACUGAGAUGACUAAAGAUGACUUGGGAUGACUGCGAUGACUAGGGAUGACUUAGGAUGACUAGGGAUGACUGGGACGACUAGGGAUGACUAAGGAUGACUGGGUUGACUAGGGAUGACUGGAUUGACUUGGGAUGAGUUGGGAUGACUAGGAUGACUAGGGAUAACUAGGGAUGACUAUUUAUGACUAGGGAUGACUAGUGAUGACUGGGAUGACUAAAGAUGAGUUCCGAUGACUUGGGAUGACUAGGGAUGACUGGGAUGACUAAAGAUGACUUGGGAUGACUGAGAUGACUAGGGAUUACAUGGGAUGAGUAGGGAUGACUGGGACGACUAGAGAUGACUAGCGAUGACUAGGGAUGACUGGGAUGAGUUGGGGUGACUUGGGGUGACUGGGAUGACUAGGCAUGACUAGGGAUGACUAGGGAUGACUAUUGAUAUCUAGGGAUGACCGGGAUUACUAGGGAUGACGAGGGCUGACUAGGGAUGAGUGGUAUGACUAAAGAUGAGUUCGGAUGACUAGGAUGACUAGGGAUGACUAGCGAUGGCUUAGGAUGACUAGGGAUGACUGGGAUGACUAAAGAUGACUUGGGAUCACUGGGAUGACUAGGGAUUACUUGGGAUGACUAGGGAUGACUAGGGAUGACUGGGAUGACUAGGGAUGACUUGGGAUUACUUGGGAUGACUGGGAUGUCUAGGGAUGACUAUUGAUGACUGGGAUGAUUAGGGAUUACUUGGGAUGACUAGGGAUGACUGGGACGACUACGGAUGACUUGGGAUGACUGGGAUGACUAGGGAUGACUGGGAUGACUUGUGAUGACUUGGGAUGACUGCGAUGACUAGGGAUGACUAUUGAUGACUAGGGAUGACUGGGAUGACUAGGGAUGACUAGGGAUGACUAGGGAUGACUUGGAUGACUAAAGAUGAGUUCGGAUGACUGGGAUGACUAGGGAUGACUAGGGAUGACGUAGGAUGACAAGGGAUGACUAGGGAUGAUUGGGAUGACUAGAGAUGACUUGGGAUGACUGGGAUGACUAGGGAUUACUUGGGAUGACUAGGGAUGACUGGGAUGACUUGGGAUUACUUGGGAUGACUGGGAUGUCUAAGGAUGACUAUUGAUGACUGGCAUGACUAGGGAUGACUAGGGAUGACUGGGAUGACUUGGGAUGACUGGGAUAACUAGGGAUGACUUGGGAUGACUAGGGAUGACUAGGGAUGACUGGGAUGACUAGGGAUGACUAGGGAUGACUGGGAUGUUUGGGGAUGACUAGGGAUGACUGGGAUGACUUGGGAUGACUAGGGAUGUUUUUGAUGACUUGGGAUGACUAGGGAUAUCUAGGGAUGACUGGGAUGACUAGGGAUGACUAGGGAUGACUGGGAUGACUAGGGAUGACUGGGAUGACUAGAGGUGACUAGGGAUGACUGGGAUGACUAAAGAUGACUUCGGAUGACUGGGAUGACUGGGGAUGACUAGGGAUGACUACGGAUGACUGAGAUGACUAAAGAUGACUUGGGAUGACUGGGAGGACUAUUGAUGACUUGGGAUGACUAGGGAUGACUGGGACGACUAGGGAUGACUAGGGAUGACUGGGAUGACUAGGGAUGACUUCGAUGACUUGGGAUGAGUUUGGAUGACUGGGAUGACUAGGGAUGACUAGGGAUGACUAUUGAUGACUAGGGAUGACUAGGGAUGACUGGGAUGACUAAAGAUGACUUCGGAUGACUGGGAUGACGAGGGAUGACUAGGGAUGACUUAGGAUGACUAGGUAUGACUGGGAUGACUAAAGAUGACUUGCUAUGACUGAGAUGACUGGGGAUUACUUGGGAUGACUAGGAAUGACUGGGACGACUAGGGUUGACUGGGAUGACUAGGGAUGACUAGGGAUGACUGGGAUGACUUGGGAUGACUUGGGAUGACUGCGAUGACUAGGGAUGACUAGGGAUGACUAUUGAUGACUAGGGAUGACUGGGAUGACUAGGGAUGACUAGGGAUGACUAGGGAUGACUUGGAUGACUAAAGAUGAGUUCGGAUGACUGGGAUGACUAUUGAUGACUAGGGAUGACUGGGAUGAGUAGGGAUGUUUAGGGAUAACUAGGGAUGACUAGGGAUGACUAGGGAUGACUGGGAUGACUUGGGAUGAGUUGGGAUAACUGGGAUGACUAGGGAUGAGUAUGGAUGACUAGGGAUGACUGGGAUGACUAGGGAUGACUAGGGAUGACUAGGGAUGACUUAGGAUGACUAGGGAUGACUGAGAUGACUAAAGAUGACUUCGGAUGACUGGGAUGACUAAAGAUGACUUGGGAUGACUAGGGAUGACUUGGGAUGACUAGGGAUGACUGGGACGACUAGGGAUGACUAUGGAUGACUGGGAUGACUAUGGAUGACUUGGGAUGAGUUGGGAUGACUGGGAUGACUAGGGAUAACUAGGGAUGACUAUUUAUGACUACGGAUGACUGGUGAUGACUGGGAUGACUAAAGAUGAGUUCGGAUGACUGGGAUGACUAGGGUUGACUAGGGAUGACUUAGGAUGACUAGGGAUGACUGGGAUGACUAAAGAUGACUUGGGAUGACUGAGAUAACUAGGGAUUGCAUGGGAUGACUAGGGAUGACUGGGACGACUAGGGAUGACUAGGGAUGACCGUAAUGAGUUGGGAUGACUUGGGGUGACUGGGAUGACUAGGGAUGACUAGGGAUGACUAUUGAUGACUAGGGAUGACCGGGAUUACUAGGGAUGACGAGGGAUGACUAGGGAUGACUGGGAUGACUAAAGAUGAGUUCGGAUGACUGGGAUGACUAGGGAUGACUAGGGAUGACUUAGGAUGACUAGGGAUGACUAGGGAUGACUUGGAUGACUAAGGAUGACUUGGGAUGUCUGGGAUGACUAGGGAUUACUUGGGAUGAUUAGGGAUGACUAGGGAUGACUUGGAUGACUAGGGAUGACUUGGGAUGACUUGGGAUGACUGGGAUGACUAGGGAUGACUAGCGAUGAGUGGGAUGACUUGGGAUGACUGGGGAUGUUUGUGAUGACUUGGGUUGACUAGGGACGACUAGGGAUAGCUAGGGAUGACUAGGGAUGCCUUGGAUAACUAGGGAUGACUAGGGAUGACUGGGAUGAGUUUGGAUGACUGGGGAUGACAAGGGAUGACUAGGGAUGACUGGGAUGACUAGGGAUGACUGGGAUUACUUGGGAUGACUAUCGAUGACUGGGAUGACUAGGGAUGACUAGGGAUGACUGGGAUGACUUGGGAUGAUUGGGAUGACUAGGGAUGACGGGGAUGACUAGGGAUGACUAGGGAUGACUGGGAUAAGUAGGGAUGACUAGGGAUGACUAGGGAUGACCGGGAUGACUAGGGAUGUCUAGGGAUAACUAGGGAUGACUAGAGAUGACUGGGAUGACUAGGGAUGACUAGGGAUGACUGGGAUGACUAGGGAUGACUAGGGAUGACUGGGAUGACUUGGGAUGAUUGGGAUGACUAGGGAUGACGGGGAUGACUAGGGAUGACUAGGGAUGACUGGGAAAACUAGGGAUGACUAGGGAUGACCGGGAUGACUAGGGAUGUCUAUGGAUGACUAGGGAUGACUAGAGAUGACUGGGAUGACUAUGGAUGACUAGAGAUGACUGGGAAGACUAGGGAUGACUAGGGAUGACUGGGAUGACUAGGGAUGACUGGGUAUGACUAGGGAUGACUGGGAUGACUGAAGAUGACUUCGGAUGACUGGGAUGACUAGGGAUGACUAGGGAUGACUUAGGAGGACUAGGGAUGACUAUGGAUGACUACGGAUGACGGUAUGACUAAAGAUGACUUGGGAUGACUGGGAUGACUAGGGAUUACUUGGGAUGACUAGGGAUGACUAGGGAUGACUGCGAUGACUAGGGAUGACUAGGGAUGGCUGGGAUGACUAGGGAUGACUAGGGAGGACAAGGGAUGACUUGGGAUUACUGGGAUGACAAGGGAUGACUUGGGAUGACUGGGAUUACUAGGGAUGACUAUUGACGACUGGGAUGACUAUGGAUGACUAGGGAUGACUGGGAUGACUAGGGAUGACUUGGGAUGACUAGGGAUGAGUAGGGAUGACGGGGAUGACUAGGGAUGACUAGGGAUGACUAGGGAUGACUGGGAUGACUAGGGAUGACUAGCGAUGACUGGGAUGACUUGUGAUGACUAUUGAUGUUUGUGAUGACCUGGGAUGACUAGGGACGACUAGGGAUAACUAGGGAUUACUAGGGAUGAUUUGGAUGACUAGGAAUGACUGGGAUGAAUUGGGAUGACUAGGGAUGACUAGGGAUGACUAAGGAUGACUGGGAUGACUUGGGAUGACUAGGGAUGACUAGGGAUGACGUAGGAUGACUAGGGUUGACUAGGGAUGAUUGGGAUGACUAAAGAUGACUUGGGAUGACUGGGAUGACUAGGGAUUACUUGGGAUGACUAGGGAUGACUGGGAUGACUUGGGAUUACUUGGGAUGACUGGGAUGUCUAAGGAUGACUAUUGAUGACUGGGAUGACUAGGGAUGACUAGGGAUGACUGGGAUGACUUGGGAUGACUGGGAUGACUAGGGAUGACUUGGGAUGACUAGGGAUGACUAGGGAUGACUGGGAUGACUAGGGAUGACAGGGGAUGACUGGGAUGUUUGGGGAUGACAAGGGAUGACUGGGAUGACUUGGGAUGACUAGGGAUGUUUUUGAUGACUUGGGAUGACUAGAGAUAUCUAUGGAUGACUGGGAUGACUAGGGAUGACUAGGGAUGACUGGGAUGACUAGGGAUGACUGGGAUGACUAGAGAUGACUAGGGAUGACUGGGAUGACUAAAGAUGACUUGGGAUGACUGGGAUGACUGGGGAUGACUAGGGAUGACUACGGAUGACUGAGAUUACUAAAGAUGACUUGGGAUGACUGGGAUGACUAUUGAUGACUUGGGAUGACUAGGGAUGACUGGGACGACUAGGGAUGACUAGGGAUGACUGGGAUGACUAGGGAUGACUUCGAUGACUUGGGAUGAGUUUGGAUGACUGGGAUGACUAGGGAUGACUAGGGAUGACUAUUGAUGACUAGGGAUGACUGGGAUGACUAAAGAUGACUUCGGAUGACUGGGAUGACGAGGGAUGACUAGGGAUGACUUAGGAUGACUUGGUAUGACUGGGAUGACUAAAGAUGACUUGCUAUGACUGAGAUGACUGGGGAUUACUUGGGAUGACUAGGAAUGACUGGGACGACUAGGGUUGACUGGGAUGACUAGGGAUGACUAGGGAUGACUGGGAUGACUUGGGAUGACUUGGGAUGACUGCGAUGACUAGGGAUGACUAGGGAUGACUAUUGAUGACUAGGGAUGACUGGGAUGACUAGGGAUGACUAGGGAUGACUAGGGAUGACUUGGAUGACUAAAGAUGAGUUCGGAUGACUGGGAUGACUAUUGAUGACUAGGGAUGACUGAGGGAUGACUGGGAUGAGUAAGGAUGUUUAGGGAUGACUAGGGAUGACUAGGGAUGACUAGGGAUGACUGGGAUGACUUGGGAUGAGUUGGGAUGACUAGGGAUGACUAUUGAUGACUAGGGAUGACUGGGAUGACUAGGGAUGACUAGGGAUGACUAGGGAUGACUAGGGAUGACUUAGGAUGACUAGGGAUGACUGAGAUGACUAAAGAUGACUCGGGAUGACUGGGAUGACUAGGGAUGACUUGGGAUGACUAGGGAUGACUGGGACGACUAGGGGUGACUAUGGAUGACUGGGAUGACUAGGGAUGACUUGGGAUGAGUUGGGAUGACUGGGAUGACUAGGGAUAACUAGGGAUGACUAUUUAUGACUACGGAUGACUGGUGAUGACUGGGACGACUAAAGAUGAGUUCGGAUGACUGGGAUGACUAGGGUUGACUAGGGAUGACUUAGGAUGACUAGGGAUGACUGGGAUGACUAAAGAUGACUUGGGAUGACUGAGAUGACUAGGGAUUGCAUGGGAUGACUAGGGAUGACUGGGACGACUAGGGAUGACUAGGGAUGACCGUAAUGAGUUGGGAUGACUUGGGGUGACUGGGAUGACUAGGGAUGACUAGGGAUGACUAUUGAUGACUAGGGAUGACCGGGAUUACUAGGAUGACGAGGGAUGACUAGGGAUGACUGGGAUGACUAAAGAUGAGUUCGGAUGACUGGGAUGACUAGGGAUGACUAGGGAUGACUUAGGAUGACUAGGGAUGACUAGGGAUGACUUGGAUGACUAAAGAGGACUUGGGAUGUCUGGGAUGACUAGGGAUUACUUGGGAUGACUAGGGAUUACUAUGGAUGACUUGGAUGACUAGGGAUGACUUGGGAUGACUUGGGAUGACUGGGAUGACUAGGGAUGACUAGCGAUGAGUGGGAUGACUUGGGAUGACUGGGGAUGUUUGUGAUGACUUGGGUUGACUAGGGACGACUAGGGAUAACUAGGGAUGACUAGGGAUGCCUUGGAUAACUAGGGAUGACUAGGGAUGACUGGGAUGAGUUUGGAUGACUGGGGAUGACAAGGGAUGACUAGGGAUGACUGGGAUGACUAGGGAUGACUGGGAUUACUUGGGAUGACUAUCGAUGACUGGGAUGACUAGGGAUGACUAGGGAUGACUGGGAUGACUUGGGAUGAUUGGGAUGACUAGGGAUGACGGGGAUUACUAGGGAUGACUAGGGAUGACUGGGAUAAGUAGGGAUGACUAGGGAUGACUAGGGAUGACCGGGAUGACUAGGGAUGUCUAGGGAUGACUAGGGAUGACUAGAGAUGACUGGUAUGACUAGGGAUGACUGGGAUGACUAGGGAUGACUAGGGAUGACUGGGAUGACUUGGGAUGAUUGGGAUGACUAGGGAUGACGGGGAUGACUAGGGAUGACUAGGGAUGACUGGGAUAACUAGGGAUGACUAGGGAUGACCGGGAUUUCUAGGGAUGUCUAUGGAUGACUAGGGAUGACUAGAGAUGACUUGGAUGACUAGGGAUGACUAGAGAUGACUGGGAUGACUAGGGAUGACUAGGGAUGACUGGGAUGACUAGGGAUGACUGGGUAUGACUAGGGAUGACUGGGAUGACUGAAGAUGACUUCGGAUGACUUGGAUGACUAGGGAUGACUAGGGAUGACUUAGGAUGACUAGGGAUGACUAUGGAUGACUACGGAUGACGGUAUGACUAAAGAUGACUUGGGAUGACUGGGAUGACUAGGGAUUACUUGGGAUGACUAGGGAUGACUAGGGAUGACUGCGAUGACUAGGGAUGACUAGGGAUGGCUGGGAUGACUAGGGAUGACUAGGGAGGACAAGGGAUGACUUGGGAUUACUGGGAUGACAAGGGAUGACUUGGGAUGACUUGGGAUGACUGGGAUUACUAGGGAUGACUAUUGACGACUGGGAUGACUAUGGAUGACUAGGGAUGACUGGGAUGACUAGGGAUGACUUGGGAUGACUAGGGAUGACUAGGGAUGACGGGGAUGACUAGGGAUGACUAGGGAUGACUAGGGAUGACUGGGAUGACUAGGGAUGACUAGCGAUGACUGGGAUGACUUGGGAUGACUAUUGAUGUUUGUGAUGACUUGGGAUGACUAGGGACGACUAGGGAUAACUAGGGAUUACUAGGGAUGAUUUGGAUGACUAGGAAUGACUGGGAUAAAUUGGGAUGACUAGGGAUGACUAGGGAUGACUAGGGAUGACUGGGAUGACUUGGGAUGACUAGGGAUGACUAGGGAUGACUGGGAUGACUUGGGAUGACUAGGGAUGACUGGGGUGACUAGGGAUGACUAGGGAUGACUGGGAUGACUUGGGAUGAUUGGGAUGACUAGGGAUGACGGGGAUGACUAGGGAUGACUAGGGAUGACUAGGGAUGACUGGGAUAACUAGGGAUGACUAGGGAUGACUAUUGAUGACUAGGAAUGACUAGGGAUGACCGGGAUGAGUAGGGAUGUCUAGGAAUGACUAGGGAUGACUAGGGAUGACUAGGGAUGACUGGGAUGACUAGGGAUGACUGGGAUGACUAGGGAUGACUAUUGAUGACUAGGGAUGACUAGGGAUGACUGGGAUGACUAAAGAUGACUUCGGAUUACUUGGAUGACUAGGGAUGACUAGGGAUGACUUAGGAUGACUAGGGAUGACUUUGAUGACUAAAGAUGACUUUGAUGACUAAAGAUGACUUGGGAUGACUGAGAUGACUAGGGAUUACUUGGGAUGACUAGGGAUGACUGGGACUACUAGGGAUGACUAGGGACGACUGGGAUGACUUGGGAUGACUUGGGAUGACUGCGAUGACUAGGGAUGACUAGGGAUGACUAUUGAUGACUAGGGAUGACCGGGAUUACUAGGGAUGACUAGGGAUGACUAGGAAUGACUGGGAUGACUAAAGAUGAGUUCGGAUGACUGGGAUGACUAGGGAUGACUAGGGAUGACUUAUGAUGACUAGGGAUGACUAGGGAUGACUGGGAUGACUAAAGAUGACUUGGGAUGACUGGGAUGACUAGGGAUUACUUGGGAUGACUUGGGAUGACUAGGGAUGACUGGGAUGACUUGGGAUGACUGGGAUGUCUAGGGAUGACUAUUGAUGACUGGGAUGACUAGGGAUGACUAGGGAUGAGUAGGGAUGACUGGGAUGACUUGGGAUGACUGGGAUGACUAGGGAUGACUUGGGAUGACUAGGGAUGAUUAGGGAUGACUGGGAUGACUAGGGAUGACUAGGGAUUACUAGGGAUGACUGGGAUGACUGGGAUGACUAGGGAUGAGUGGGAUGACUUGGGAUGACUUGGGAUGUUUGUGAUGACUUGGGAUGACUAGGUAUGACUUGGGAUAUCUAGGGAUGACUUGGAUGACUAGGGAUGACUAGGGAUCACUGGGAUGACUUGGGAUGACUAAGGGAUGACUAGGGAUGACUAGGGAUGACUGGGAUGACUUGGGAUGACUAGGGAUGACUAGGUAUGACUAGGGAUGACUGGGAUGACUAGGGAUGAUUAGGGAUGACUGGGAUGACUUGGGAUGACUGGGGUGAGUAGGGAUGACUGGUAUGACUAGGAAUGACUAGUUAUGACUAUUGUUGACUGGGAUGACUAGGGAUGACUUGGGAUGACUAGGGAUGACUGGGAUGACUAGGGAUGAUUAGGGAUGACUAGGGAUGACUAGGGAUGACUAUUGAUUACUGGGAUGACUAGGGAGGACUAGGGAGGACUAGGGAUGACUAGGGAUGACUGGGAUGACUAGGGAUGAGUAGGGAUGACUUGGAUGACUGCGAUGACUAGGGAUGACUGGGAUGACUAGGGAUGGCUUUGAUGACUACGGAUGAAUAGAGAUGACUAGGGAUGACUGGGAUGACUAGUGAUGACUAGGGAUUACUAGGCAUGACUAGGCAUGAUUGGGAUGACUAGGGAUAACUGGGUAUGACUAUUGAUGACGUGGGAUGACUAGGGAUGAGUAGGGAUGACUAGUUACGAUUUGGAUGACUAGGGAUGACGAGGGAUGUCUAGGGAUGUGUGGGGAUGACUAGGGAUGUCUAGGAAUGAGUAGGGAUGACUGGGGAUGAAUCUGAUGGUUAGGCAUAAUUGGGGAGCACUAGGGAUGACUGCGAUGACUGAGAUUAUUGGGUUGAUUGGGCUUGCUACAAGCAGGAAUACAAGCAGUUGGUAUAUAACUAGAGAUACUGCUGGAUAGAUUUGAAACUUGAGCGGUUUGCGACCAUUGCAGUAGUGUAGUCCUUAAAGCCUAAUACUUAAAUUAUAAAUGCUUGCAUAAUCACUUAGGCGAAAACGGGAAAGGAUACGUGCGUUAAGUUAUUGAAUAAUCUACGGUCUUAUUGUAUUGGUUUUCAGUGGCAAUCGUGUCGAGACUGUGCGAUUUCUAUUGGGAAAAGGUGCUUCCGUUAACCCAACGUACCCUGGAGGAAACACGUAAGAAUUGUUUUUGUUUCUGUCAUUAUUUACUUUCUUGUUGAGGAACGAAAGGUAUAUCUGCGAUUUUUGAAGUCACAUAUACCGAAAUUUUUUUUAAAUACAAAUACCCCUGACACAAUGCAAGAAUACAGGAGCCUGGCCUUGCCGACACGUGUCUUCAGCCCUUUUUUUUCGUUUUCCAGGGCUUUACAUCUCACCGCUGGCUUGGUGAAUGCUUCGGAUCUCUUGGAGCUGUUGCUCUCGUUUAACGCUGAUGUCGAUGCUAUGAAUGAUGACCUGUGCUCGCCACUGUUUUACGCCACUCAGUCAAACAAUUUGUAUGCUGCUAGCCUUCUUCUUAACCACGGUAUUUAAAGACAGAGGGACUAUUAAUUAGUUUAGGAUACUUAUUGAGAAAUUCUACACCUUUUUAUUGUCAACUAUAUCUAUUCUAUGACGUCAGCAAUUACUUAUGCGUCAGUUGUAAGAAAUACGACUGACGUGACCAGCAUCUAUGCAAAUUUAUUGGAACAAAAGAAAGCGGUUACAUAAGAAAAGAGUCCAACUCCCACAGAACUAGUUUGGGACACCAACAUGGCCGCCGUGACGUCAUGUGCAAACGCUCUAUAAUGUGUCGCCCUCAGCCACACGCGUGGUCAUUUCGUCUUUCGCGUGUUUCGCUCGACAGACUAAGAAAAAAGAGAGGCUACAUGUGAUCUAUGAAUAAGACGAAACACCUGUAUUGCAGGGCCCCUUUUGAUACGAACCAAAGGCUGAUAGGGCUACCCUGCCUAAGUGAAGUUGACUUUCACUUUGACUUUAUUGUAGGAGUGUUUUGCAAUUUGAAAAUGCCUUUCCACAGCAACGCGAUUUUCUAUAGUCUAUGUUGCAUAAUGGAAUUGAAGUACAAAUACAAGAAUCGAGGCCAUUUUAAUCCCUAAACGCCAUGAUUGGUUACCAAUCUUUUAUUCAGUCAAUUAAGCGAUUAAUGUCAACCUCGUUCUCGGGGUCGAGUAGCAAAGGGCCCUGGUAACGAGUUUGGAUCAUUUUUAAGUAUUACGCAUUUCAUUUCAAGGUAAUUUUUUUUUUUCUUUUGUGCAAACAGGAGCUAAUGUGCGGUUACGAAAUCUACAAGGUACGGUAAAAGCGUGUUUCUUUAUCUUAGUUUAGAAGUCGUAAACACCUUUGUGUUAUGUCUGCACAGGAGCCUGAUGGGCUCCUAGUCUGCAUUAUUGACCAAGCUUGUUUGGUCAAGAUGGCUACAUAUUGGCCAAGUUCUUUGUUGCACUUUUAUUGACCGAGACAAAGUCUAGGCUCUAUCACCAGCCGCUGGUGGGGAAAUGAGCCCGCGCUCCUACCCGGAACAGACGGUCCGGCCUGUCUCUUCUCGGGGAGGCCCGAGAGAGCGGUGGAUGACCGAACAAAAUUGGCCAAAAAGAGAACUUUAACUUAGGGACCAACGCGGGAAAUCUCGAGCAUCUUGCCCGUUCGGGUAGCCAAUCAGAAUGAAGGAUUCGCCUCAUCUUGCUCGCGCGCGGAUUUAGCCAUAUAAGAAGAGUUCUUAUUGACCAUGUCACCUGUUUGCUUAUGUUUGUUCGUUAUCUUACAGGGCUGACAGCCUUUGAUUUUAUUUCUGAUUUUGAGGAGUGGAUUGAAUGCGGUUACUUUAAUGAAGAGAUCAAAGCCCGAUUGAAAGGU